GCCUUGCCCAGUCCAUGGAGAGGCGGCCGGCUGCGAGCGCCCCUGGAUCGCUCCCAGCUCCGGAGGCUCUGAUCCCGGGACCUGGGCGCUGCUGCUCCUGCUGCUGCUGCCGCGGUCUCCAGGGGAUAGGCUGGGCUUCCCGCCAGGCGCUUCCGAGUGCGCUCCUGGACUGCUGAGUUCCGUGGCUCCUUCUCCAGCAACCGGUUACCUGGACUGCGAGGCAGAGCAGGAUCGGGCAGGUUGUGGCUUAAGCAGCAGACCGGCCCCCUCUCUUCCACCCGCCCGCCCGUUUUGAUCCUGCGCGCUUUCCGCCUGGGCUUGAAAGGCAACGCGACGAUCCGUCCGGGGACUCGGAAAGAGAUGCCUCCCGCACCGCCGGGCUUCCCUCGGCUGCUCUGAGAUCGCUGCGUGGCGCCCUCGAGGGCUGCUGGUUGGGAUCCGAGGCGCUUUUUUGGUGGGGUUCUCUUUUUCUCCCUCCUCCCCCCCUUCCCCACUUUUGCCCGGAGGAGAAGGCGAGCAUGCUGGGCGCAGGGAGAACGAGCUGGGGGCGCCUUGGGCUGCUCCUCUUGGGGAUGUGGAGCAUCGCGCUGUGGCAGCGGACCGAAGGAUGCCCGAGUAAAUGUACCUGCUCCGGAUCCAAUGUGGAUUGCCACGGACUGGGACUCCGAGCGGUGCCCCGAGGCAUUCCCAGGAAUGCGGAGAGACUGUGAGUACCAGCCGGAGGAGGGGGAGGCUGCUUUGCCCUCCAGGUUGCCGAGAAGGAGACUGCUCCUGCCGGGCGUAGAUUAGACACAGCUGUUAAAAUAAGAUAGCCUAAGAUAGAAACGGGGAGAGUGGUGCUUUCGCCGGGUUGGACCGCUGGCCACUGGCAGCUUCAGGGCACUGAAGUUCCUGGGGAUUGUGAGCCACGGGGAGGUGCCGGGCUGCUCCUCUUAACUUCCUGGCAAGCAACAGAGCUCAAAGCACUCCAGGAAGAGAGAGCCUUAUAAAGAGCCUUUGUGGGUUUCUUUUCUAAUUGCAUAGCAGCUUAGCCAUUGUGUGUAAAUGCUCAGGAAGGAAAAGAGGGAGUGUGUGGUGGGAGAACCACAUGCAACAAGUAUGCUUGGCAUUUUUCCACAUGAUGCUCACUGGAAUGUCUCACCAGACUUUGCGCUGGCUUACUGACAUUUGCACAUCCACACUGCAUUCGCUCAAGGUGCUUCUGCUUGGUUGCAAUUGGAGGGGGCAUCUGACUGCCAUAGUCAAUAUGUAGGGUCCUUUAAUAUGUAGGGCUGGUUUGUGGUUGCCUGCAAGGCUAACCCGAGCAGUCUGUGACUAGUUCAGCCUCUGCUUGUUUCUACAGCUGGUUUUCCACACGCAUUACAUAACUGUGUGUGUCUGUGUGUCUGUGUGCCUAGUGGAUUUGGGGACAGAUGGCCCCAAAAGAUCUUCAAAUAAAGAAAUCCAAACAUAAAUGGGAUGUGUUAAGUGACUGGAACCUUAUCUUUCCCGUGUCUUGAUAGAUUCACUAGAGCAGUUCAGGAAAUAGUUAUCUCAUCCCUGAUCUAAUGCGUGAUUAGUUUUCAUUUAGCAUUUAGUAGGAUUAUGAAACCAGCCAUAUAGCCACAAAUGAAAAAGCCUACAUAUUCCUGCAGAAGUGAAAGAGUCUUAUGGCACUUUAAAGACUUAACAGAGUCAUUGUGGCACAAACGUUCAUGAACUAAUGACACUACAUUGGAUGCCCAACAUGUUAUAUCCUCUGUUGGCUAAGGAUGCGUACAAGAACCCAUUCCUAUUACACAUGGGUACAGUUUUAAAAAUGUAAACAGUGAGGCUUAAGAAUCAUAAAAUGCAGGGAGUAGGUCGUUAACACUUGUGUUUACAAAAUGGAUAAACUGUGUGUGUGUAUUAAUCAUUCAUAAUCUUUCUCUCUCUCAAUAUAUAUACUGUAAUCUAUGUAUCUAUCUACAUAUAUGAAAUCUGCCAACACAACACUUCAUGCAUCAAAUGAAGUAGGCACUAAUCUAUGCCACAGUGUUUCUUGAAGGUGUCGAAAACUGUAUCUCUGCUAUGGCAGACUAACACAGAAUUUUUUAUAUAUUCCUAGUUACUGCUCUAUAUUACUUUCCAAAUACUUAAAUGCCUAGUUGCUUUCGUUUGUGCACCCCAUUGCCCUCUUUGUAUCAAGGAAUUUAAUGUCGCUAAAACUUUAAUCUAAAGUUCUUGGAAUUUAUUUAAAAAAACAGAUACGCCAUUGGUUCAUUAUAGCAAAAUCCCAUAGGGUCAGUAAUAUCCCCUCAAGUAUUUAAAUACCAUCUUUAGGACCAGCUAAUGCUCAUGCUUGCAUGGUGAAUAUCGGUCCUAAUGAAGGCACUGCUUUGCUGACCCUGUGAAAUCCUUACAAAUAAGUUCCAUUGUGAAUUAAGUGGAUUUAGGUCCAAGUACAUGUGUUCAGUAUUGAGGUGUCAGUUAUGCAGCUGGAAGCGUGCAGAGUUGAACACUUCAGAUCACCUUUGUACCGUUUUACUAUCUGGAGCCAGUAAUAAAUGAACUGAAGUAUGGAUUAAAUAUGUCUUCUUCACAUGGCUAGUGACUGAGAUUCUAAAAGCUUAAACUUGAUUUAUGCACAUCUUCAAAGGAAAAGGGCUAGCAGACGGAUCUCGACAGAACUUUGCAUUUGAAGUUCUCUAAUAAUUUCACUCUACCCUUACGAAAAAAGAAAACAUAACAUUGAAAAUGAGUGUCAAAAUUUUUCUUUUGGAGCUGAAUCCUUUUGGUUCCAGAUGUUGAGCUUCAAUCAACAGUGGCAUUUGAUAGGGUCAAAAAACAUUUGAAAAUAUGGUGUACAGUAUACUGAAAAUUAUGACCCCACACUGUUAUGAUCUUAGUAAUGUUGUCAUCUUAGUAAUCAUACCAUGCUUACACUUCGAAAUAUGAGUCUGAAUAAACCUUCAGAACUACAAUUUAUCCCCAAAUGUUGAAUGUUUUAGAGAGCUUGCUAGUAUCAACCUGUGGCCAGAAUUAGGCACCUCUCAUGCUUUCUGUGCGCAUGUGCAAAAUUAAUGGAGAUGUACCUAGUUUUGUGCUAGGACAAUACAGCUUUAGCCAAAGUCUUUUUUUCUUCUUGGAGGCAGGUGUUCCAAGAGCUCCCCAACCCAAUUGCAAACUAUUCCCCUUCGUGGUGAGAAAAAUCCUGACCAAAACUAGCUACAUAUAAGAUUAAAUACCUACUUCCCUGGUCCUCCCUGCAUCCUGCUUCUUUUCCCAUCAGUCGGUUGGGACAGGCACCACUAUCACAGGCUGGUGCUUUGGAGAAAGUUCCACAUGGUAUGACGGGUAUUGCUUGUGUCCCUUGGGGAUAACAGGUCUGAGAAAGGAAGAAUUUUUAGACCAUUGCGAAAACUUGAUGCAUUUUUGGAACAAUGUUGUGAAUCAAAAUGUAGGAAUUGAUGUAGCAGAGUAGUAUUUAGUUCUGCAUGCCUUUUAGUUGUGUGCUGCUAAGCCCUCUACUAGUUUGCCAUUUUUAAUAUGCCAGAAGACAUGGAAUAGAAGCCUGCACACCAGCUGCUUAAAUACUCCAGCUUGAUUAAAGUAGUUUGCAGUGCAGUUCUAUACAUGUGUACUGAGAAGUAAGUUUUUAUUGUUUUCAAUGGAGCUUACUUCCAUGAAAGGGUUUAUAACAUUGAAACCUUAACUUUCUCUAUAGGAUUUGAGUUCAGGCAAUGCAGUUCACAUACAAGGGGGAAAGCCCUGUUGCACUCAGUGGGACUUACUGCGGAGUAAGCAUGGCUAGGAUUGGGCUGUAAAUGUCUUAAGAGUAAAAUAAUACCCUCACAUUUUAAAUUAUCUGUGCGCUCCUCAGUGUGCAAAUAGUAAGAGCAAUCAAGACUUUGCCAGGGUGAGAUAUGAGAAAAGCAAAACCUGAUAAAGUUUCACGUCAGUGUAUCAUGUGAAAAGCCCCACAUAAGCCAAGAAAGCAAAGAAUUCACCAACAAAAUGAGAAUGACUUUUACUGCGAGGACUUAAUAUGAGCCAGCUUUUUGCCAUUCCUUUUGCUGUUAAUACAUAUGAGCUUGUGUUUUGGAAAUCACAUUUAAACCCUCAAGUAUCAUUAUGAUUCUGUUUUCCCCAAGCUAAAGCAGGAAUUAUAAAUAUAUUUCAGAUUUAGACUUGUCUGAACUUGGUUAAGUGAUAUAUAUAUGUGUGUGUGUGUGAUUGCAUCCAGACCUCUUAAACCUACAAUUUAGCUUGCUGCUUAUGGUCAAAUAAAUCCAUUCUUUCUUAGAAAUAAAACCUAAAUUAGGUUCCAUUCCUAUGCAUGCUUUACUUUGGAGUAUGUCACAUUGAACUCAGGUAGGACUUAUUUUCCAAGUGAACAUGGGCAGUCUCUUGACCAUAUGCAGAUAUGGGAUGGGGGUUAUUGGUGUAGGAAAUUGUAGAGUGUGAUUGGAAAGAACCCUGAGAUUAUGACCACAGUCAAUCUAAAACAAAUGUCACUGAGAAAUAGCAUAGUAUAGAGUAGUUAACAUGGUGGCCUCCAAAAAUUGUUGGAUUACAACUCAUGAUCAUUGGUCAUGCUGGCUGGACCUGAUGGGAGUUGUAGUCUGACAACAUUUGUAGUGUGCCGUGUUGGCUACCCCUGGAAAAGUGUAAGGCCUUCACGCCUGAUCAUUUGACUUUGGGGUGAGGGGGCUGCAGUGUAAGUGUGUUGAGGGUGAAUCAGUGAGCAGAACUAACUAAUAGAGACAAACUUCAUACUCUGGGAAUCACUACUUUGUCAGAACAUUUAAAAAAGAUGAAACAGACAUUUAAGAAAUAACUUGCACUGACAGUCACAUAUAUUGCAAUGCAAACAGUUUUUGAGAUUUAGCCCUUGGGUUUGUGUGCUUAUGAAAUCUGUACUUGUAGCAGAAGUUCUUUUCCUGAUGUUUGUGCCACAAAUGCAGAAUUUGGGGAGCUUGAAAUCAGAUGUCACAGCAGAAACUGGUUUCUUUCAACCUUGUUUGUGAUCAUUGGUAAGCAUUUAAAAUGAAUUUUGUGCCGAAAGUGUUGCUGACUGGGACAAGUCUCGGGCUGUUUCUCUACUUUGCCUUCCAACCAGGAGCAAGAAAAAUGAGCUGCUUGUUUUGUCAUAAUAUCUGCAGCAAUAUAUUAAGAAACUGUCUUUGUUAGUGGCAAUUAGAUCCUCAAGAAAUCCAGCCAAAGCCUUUUCAUUCUCAGUCAGAUAGUUCUGUAAUGCACUAACUUGAAGGAUAGCUCAGGAAGUUAUAUUACAUAGACAUUGUUUAUGAGUACUUCAGAUUACUUUAUUGAGUCUCCAAGUCCAGCAGGAAUGUGUCUCUCCAGAUGUUGUCGGAACAAACACCCAUCAGCUCCAGCCAGCAUGGCCAAUGGGUGAUGGGACUUGGAGUCCAACAAAAUCUGAAGGGCCACAGGUUCCCUGUUCCUUGAUCUAGUCUAAACUAGAAUCACUAGAAACAGUUUUAAGUCCCUUCAUAGUUAUCCCAGAAAAUUGUCCCUUCAGCAGAAGACUGCAAAGCGUUACUAAGGUUAAAAGUUCUAGAUAAAUUUAUUUACUAAUUUAUGUGCAAUGAUACAUUUAUAUUCCACACAUGGUUUUCUUCCUCCCCAUUUUGUCCUCACAACAACCCUGUGAGGGAGGUUAGGAUGAGAGACUGCGACUAGCCGAGUGUUAUCCAGUGACUUUCAUGGCUGACUAGGGAUUUGAACCCUUGGCUCCCAGGGCCUAGUCCAGCACCCUAAACCACUGCGGGUAGGUUGCCACCUUGCAAAUGGGACACCAGAUGCAUCCACAUAACUACCCCAGUGCUGAAGAAGGUGGAACUGCCAUGGAUCUUCUUUCCCUCCUCAGUUCGCAGUCUCCUCCCCUCCUGCCUUCCUCACCACAUGUCUGGAGACUGAAGCAGCAGGUGAACAAGGGGCGGGCAACUGUACUGGGCAAAGCUCAAGUAGGAAAAUCCACAGAAUUUGGAUUUAAAGGUAUGCACCCCAUGUCUGGGUUGCAAGACUGACUCAGGGUGGUUUGUGGGAGUGGAACUCUGCUUGCUAAAUGGAACAUUCCCUUCCUGUCCUCUCUAUGUGUCCCCUAACCCUCCACAGCAGAUUUAGAGGGUCAUGAAGAGAAAGGGGAGGUUCUGCUCCUUGAGAAGAAGCCCAUUUUGCUUAUGCAUGGAUACAAUUGGCUAUAACCCAGAAGUGGAAUAAAACUAUUCCUUCCUGCUCCUGGCUGGCUAGGGUUUGCUCCACCACCCAAACACCAUUUUCUGCAGCCUAAAUCAUGUUGCUUCCCCUGCUACAGGAUAGGGCUUUGGUGAGUUGCACGUUGGCAGGCCUGCUUGGGAGAAAAGACACUGGAGUGUGUAUGAAGCUUUGUGGCCAAUCUUUAGCACAGGUUUCACCUGGUGAAAGCUAUUGAUUUGCCAGUUGAAAUAUUUGCCCCCUGCACUGUCUGCCCCACACAUGGGACAUUCCACUAAGUAAGCUACAGCCUACUAAUGCUUUUUCGGCUAGCUGGCACAGUUGGAUUUUUGAGAAAGUGCCCUGAGAGCUAUUCACAAAACGGAUGUGUUGGGGGGUGUGCCACAUAUCUAAGAGAGGACCACAAAAUAGUGCUGAGAUACCUCCCACCAGUCACCCUAUUAUGGGUGGGCGCUGCUAUGCUAUCUCACAGAGAGAAGCUCUUUGCACCUCUUCUCUGUUUAGAACAGAUGGCAUAGUGGGCUUCCAAUACUAGCAUACAAUCCGGACAAGUUUAAAGGGAUGUGUACACUGCAGGAGAGGCUGAGCCAGAUAGUGAGCAGGAAGAGAAAACAGUGAAUCACGUAUUGUGGAUUUUUACUGAGACCUUUUGGGGAUGCCAUGGAGGGUGCUGGUGGGCACACUGGUGCCUGUGGGGACACCACUUGGCAAAGGUGAAACUGUUGAUGUGCCUGUAAGUGGCAUGUGGUUCUGUUUGAUCAAAAGCUGCUAGCAAUUCUUAUAAAGCACAGUAACUGGCAGAGAGCAAGGAUUCUGCAUGUUGCAAUACACAGCCUACUUUAGGCUUGCCUCUCAGUGUCUCUUGCAAUUCUCACAGAGCUAUGGUGAUGUUAGCAAUGUCACACAUAAGCCUAAAUAAACAAUGCAGAAAUUCCUUAGUGAUACAUCCUUCUAGCAUCAGGAAGACUAAAUACAGAGGACACAAAUGGUGGUUAAAACAAAAAAUACUUACGAUGAUUCACAUAGUAAACACACAAGAGUGCCUACCAUCUGCAUUGCAAGAACCCACAGAAAACUAUUUUCUUCUUAAACCUCAAGAAAGGAAAAAGUCAGAUGAAAAAGAAUUUAGGUUAACUCUGUGUGUGUUUUUGGCCGCUUCCUCCCCACCCCCAAGGAUGUUCGCAAAUACCUUUCACAUAAGCAGGUUCUGCUGUUGCAUAGUUAGAGCAUGUAUGGUCUUCAUUUUCUUAGUUGGAUUAAGAUGUGCUGCUAAAAGCCAUAAUUCAUUAUGCACUUCCUGUUCACAGAGUGUGGGAACUUUAAAAAGCACCCCUAAUAAUGGAGACUUGCUUGCCCUAACAGUCCCUUAAAAUAAGUUUAAACAGGUAGUACUGUCUAUUAAAAAUGUUAUGCUUUUUGAGAAGUGUGCGUGUGCGUACACACACACACACACACACACACACACUGCAUAGUGUGAGUUACACUGACUGGGAAAUAAAGGCUUGGAUAUAUCUAAUGCCAGUAUGAUGUAUCUGACUUUUAAUCUUCCUGCGGAAAUGUAGAUGGGUCACUUUUAAAACAACGCAGACGUGCUGCUCGUAGCCCAGCGGUGGGUUCUUGGUAAAACUGAAACAUGCCAUCUUUUAAAAAAUAUUGUUUACUGUCUGCCCUUUGCUACUGAAGAACAAAUAGUCCUGUAUCACAGACAGCUCUGAAGGCAUUUUGCCAAGUUGCAUGUGACCAAGAAUUAAUAAUAAUUCUUAUGAGCCGUCUUUUGUCUGUCAAAUUUAAUUUGAGCAGAGCAGUCCGCAUCAGAGCUGACUUUCAAAUAUACCACCACAGACGCAUGCACACGCACAGAGCCUCAAAUGACCUGAGGAUGCGCUGAGAGUUUAAUUUUAUAUGCAUCUCUUUUAUCAACUUAAAAUAUGUGUCUUCUGUGCUCAAAGUGGCUACUCAGGGAUGCUUACAUGCAGAAGUGAGACAAAGUGAAUAGCUAAGAAAAAGUACAGUAGGUUCCUGUUUUUUUGUGAGGCUCUCAUUCUGUAUGGACUUCAUUUGUUCUCCCAGGGGAGCAGCAUGGAAUGAAGUCUGCACUGAUGGGACUGAAUAUGGAUUGGUACCACAUUUUCCUCCCCAUUUCAGAACUAAGGUGUGGAAGGACAGCUUGUUCAAAGGGUUGAUUUCAGUAAACAUCUCCCUAUUCGUUAUGGCUUAAAGUGUCCUUUAAUUAUUCAUUUCCUGAUUGCAGUCCACAGUUGGCAAUGGUCUCUCCCACCUCAUGUGUUUUCCAGUGGCUCCUUCUCCUGGUUACCAACUCUUUAAUUCAUUUCCUGAACUGAGUUAAAUAAAGGGCCACUACCUGGGAGAACCAAGAAUUGAUUCAAAACACCCCAAAUGGAGAGACCUUUGUGGCCUGCGAUCCUAAACACAAUUUCUAAGUAGUAAGUCCUGAAUAGAAAUUACUUUUGAUUAAAUAGGAUCUUGUCUGUGAGAAGGAGCACUGCAGGAUUUUUAUGGGGAACAGAGUGUCAUAUUGUGGUGUGUGUGCCACAGUUUUAAUUCGACUUUCAACUGAUUGCUGAAGACCAUCACCUUAGAAACAUGCAAGAGCCCUUGGACUCAGUUACACAGCUGCAAAUAAAAUGUUUUAAGUGCAAUAUAUAAUGGGGCACUUCAAUGUAUUUUUUUUAAAAAGGCUUUAAAAAAGCAUUUUUAUAUGUGUGUCGAUUUCACCUUUGUGUGGAAAAAAUUCUGAAACAGAGGCUGGAGAUGCAGCAGCCAUAAGUAACCCCACAGUCCUCCCCACCCCGAUCAGGGAAACACAGCAAGGCCUGUAUCUGUCACCAGUUGGAGCAGGGGUAGGCAACCUAAGGCCUGGGGGCCAGAUGCGGCCCAGUUGCCUUCUCAAUCCGGCCCGCGAACAGCCCGGGAAUCAGCGUGUUUUUACAUGAGUAGAAUGUGUCCUUUUAUUUAAAAUGCAUCUCUGGGUUAUUUGUGGGGCAUAGGAAUUCGUUCAUUUUUUUUUCCCUGAGGGACGGUGAACCAGCCCAUGCCUGAAAAAGGUUGCUGAGUUGGAGGGUUCUUGUGCUCUGUUAGUCAGUCAGACAGUCUUAACAGUCUCUCUCUCUCUCUUUCACUUUUCUAACAUGUAGAUGGGAGCUGCUUUCCUGUUCUGUUAUCCCACACUGCUGAUAAUUUGUGUGUGAAAACAAGGACUAUAAGGGUGACCUAGUUGCCUGUGCCUUUGCCACUGUGGCUCUUGAUUGGGUAGAAAGGACAUAUGUGAUUGUCCCCACCUAUGUACUUCCGGUAUUCAUGGAUCUCCCGCAGUAAUUUUUGUUGGUUUAGCUUAGUUUAUUUAAUAACUUGCUUUUUAAGUCCCAAGGGACUCUCCCAGUGUGACUUAGAAUUGUUAAAACAACAAGAAAACAGUAAAUAGUGAUAAAACAAUCUAGUGGCAAAUCUGAUUGGGAUGGCAUUUGAUCUACUGGAGGUGCCCAUUAAGAUGAGGGAGAGCAAUUUUCACUUAGUUGUCCUCCUAUUGCAGACCUCUGUGGAAAAUCCAUUGUUCGGCCUGGGGAACCCUCCAGAAUAGUGUGAAAGGUGACGUGGGGGUAGGGCUGUAGCAGGAAGAGGGGGACAUAGAAAAUCACCCCCUUCCUCUUUGCUUAGCAGCCAGGAACAUAGGAAGCUGCCUUAUACUGAGUCAAAUCAUUGGUCCACCUACCUCAGUACUGUCUACCCUGACUGGCAACAGCACCCCAGGCUUUUAGGGAGGGUUCUCUCCCAGCCCUUCCUGGAGAUGCCAGGGAUUGGACCUGGGACAUUCUGCAUGCAAGGCAGAUGUUCUGCCACUGAACUAUGGCCCUUCCCUCCAUUGGACACCGCCACUGGAUCAAAAUCUGCAUGGAAUUACGUAGUGGAUUUCAACCAAUAAAUUAAGCCAUUUGAGUAGCCAGAAAUCUCAGUAUAAAAACCAAAUAAAAUACCAAGGCUGCAAUCCUUUAGCAAUUAUUUGAACAUCAUUGAAUUCUGAAGGACUUACUUCUGAAUAGACAUGCAGAAGAUAGGUUGUACAGUGUCUAAAAGUAAGCUCCUCUCCUAGCACCCAAAAGAAAUCAAAGUUAGUACCAGGAGAGAUUUGCACUGUUGGUACACCACAACUGAAAAGGCCCUAUUUAUGGUCACCCCUCUUCUCUAAAAGUAAGGGCACCCAGAAAGCAGCCUCUGAUCUUAAUACAUGUAGGAGAAGCCCAUCUCUACGGUACCCAGAUUACACCAUGGGGAAUUGGCUGUCAUUACAGGGUGGGAUUCAACUAACAAGUUCCACCAGCGGAAGCCUAUACAAGGACUUCUGCUAGUGCUAUGGGGCUUCCCCUCCUCUGCUUCGCUUACUACCCCACUGGGAUACCGUACCUCCCAGAACAGUGCACUAGGGAGCAGUGUAGAAGAGUGGGCAGAUCAUUAUUCCAUUAGGCAAGCAGAUAUGCUUACACUGAUGGAGCGAUCCUACGUUGAAUUCCUCCUGCAGCUUGGUGUGACCAAAUGGGCCUCCCUCUUUCCCCCUCCAUCUUCCUCUCUCUGUCUUCUGCUUGGAAAGAAACCUGCAGCCGUAGCACCCUGCUGUAGACAGUGCUCACACAAAGCAAUGUGUUUCUUCAAGCGAAGUGGUUCUGAGAUAAUAAAUUAAUAAUGAUUUCACACUACAGGAUUUGUGUGUGCUGCGUGUGCCUCUCCAAACAAGGAUAAGCUCCUUGCUGAACACAGGUUCUGAGCAUGUACAGUUUGAAUAGCCGGGCUCAGGCAUGCUGACCGUGAAGUUUUUAUGAGGUUUGGAGUGUUGUGUUACAUAAAUGCUUAAAUGCAUUCUUGGAUGGAAUGAAUAAAGUUCUCCUGACGUCGGGAACAUUUUGUGUUUAUAGCCUGAUUUGUGGAGUUUAGUUAGCUCCAGUAUCUCCCCCAAAGUGGCUGGAUCAGACCUUGGUGGUUGGUUGGUUGUUUUUGCUGAAAAGUAUUUAUUAAGAUUAACUCUCUACACAAGUUGGUUUCCAGGAGCACAGUAGCAGCAGUGGAGGAAUGGAGCGAAACCGAGCAGCAUAGACUCACACACGUUAAUGUUCUCAUUAAACCAUAGUUUGUUUUUAACUGUUGUUUAAUGGGGCAUGCAAGAGGUGCCAAUAACUGUGGGUUAGUCCAGCCCAUCUCUCAUUCUGAAUAUUCUCAGUUAGAACAUGUUGAAAUAUGGGGAAAUUUGAGCCUUGAUUCCAAAAGUAGGCCCAGGAUGUUGUGGUACUUGUAAGGCUUAUGCUGUUAUCCACUGCUCAGAUUGCUUGAAGUGUUCUCGGUCUGAACACUCUCAAAUGUGGAAGCAAGUCGGCAAGUGAAUAAGUAAAUGGAUUCACUUCGCAAACUCUGUUGUAAACUGCAGGCCUUUUAUCCUAUCUAUCCCAAAAGUGAGACAGCAGCAUGUUUUACUGCUAGCUUGAUUAAAAAUUAAGUGUUAUCACAGGCUGAAGUGCACGUAAAACACUUGUAGGUCUGCUCAGACUGCUGCUGACAGCCUCUGGUCUCCUAACAUCUUCUCAAUUGAGAGUUGGUAAAAUACUUGCAUUUUGCCUAAGCCUUCAAGGGAGGCGGGGGGGGGGGGAGAGAUAUCUGCUGUAAAUGGCCAAUAACAAAACAAACAAACAAACAAAAAACAGUGAAAUGCUUGGUUUGCAUUUCAACAGUAUAAGCAAGAAUCCAGUUGUCUAGUGCCUUGGUAACAGUUUUAAAACAUGGCAAAUAUAUUAGUUAAUCAUAUAUUAGUCAAUCCUAUAGGUAUUGCAUCUUAAUGCAGCUAAUGUUUUCUGCACCAGUGCAACAGAUACACAGGUGCUUAAGGUGUUAUAAGGGCUUUGUUCACCAAAAAAGUUCAAUUACUACAGUGGCAUGUACAUGGUACUAUUAUUAUUAUUAUUGUAUCCCACCUGUUCUCCCAGGAGCAUAGUUCUGUUCCCCACACCAUUUUAAUCUCCACAACAACCAUGUGAGUAGGUUAGGCUGAAAGCUAGACUUCAUUCAGAUGCUCGUAUCUCAGUUGAUUAAUCCAAGAUAUUCAUCAUAUUUGAAUUUCUCCUUCCCUCCUCUCUUCUUUUCAUGCUUCAGCUGAAGAAUUUCAGGGUUAAUUAACCAUAGUUUUGUCUGAUGUCUAAACUGGGAAUACCAGGAUUAGAACAAAGGGUGCUUCCAGACGGGUGUUUAUUGUGGUGUUGGUUCUCCUCAUGCAUGUAAGGGCUUUGUGUGUGUGUGUGUGUGUGUGUGUGUGUGUGUGUGUGAAGUCCACAUGAUGUCAUCGACAUCAAAAUGCCAGUCCAUAUUUCCCUCCCAUUUAAUCUUGAUUUACCUUUUCCGGGGGAAAUCCAAUAAGUAAAAAAAGCUGUUCAUAAUGACUUGUUUGCAAAUUAAGCCCCCAUCUGGAAACAUCCAAAGUAGCAUUGUAAACCACAGCUUGAAGUUAGUUUAAGAACCUGGUUUGCUCUGGGCCUGGCAACAAUAAUUUCCCAGUAUGGAUGUAACAAGAAACUAUAAUUAAUUAGCUCAGGGAGACUUCAGUUGUGGCACAUAAGAAGGGAAGAGGGAAGUGGUAGCUUGGGGAGAGAAUGAGUAGCGAGCAGAAGACAUGUGCACAACUCAGCGUCGGAGAGCAAAAUGUCAUUGCAAUAUGAAGAACUAAGAGUAAGGAAAUCUUUUUUUCUUUUUCUUUUGCCAUACUGAUGAAAGCAAAAACUUUUAAACUAAUAAAUGGCAGCUGCAACAAACUCUUGUAGUGUGGAGUGUUCCUAUUCAGAGUGCAAGCCAGCCAAGCCCAUGGAGAACUGAGCUUGCUAUUAAUGUGUGUAAACACGCGCGCACAUACACAUGUAUGUGCUGAAGGUAACUCAUUGUAACAGCAGAGCUGAAGCUGCACAUGGAUAAUGCCAACCAAAUUGGCUUUAAGUCUUCACACAGAAUGGUAUCAAUUAUCUGGGUGUUGUUUCACUUAGAGGAAAAAGAAUUUCUUUAGAGAAAAAUCUGGUCAGGGCUAGGAAUAUUGACACAAUUGAUGCCAAGGGUUACUUCCUUUGUGGGCCUGGGAUGGCCUUCCAAGCGAGAGAAAAACCUAAGGAUGGGCAGAUAAUUGCAGGUUUUCGUUUUCAUUUUAGCAACUAAAAACCCUAAAGUCAUUCCUCCACACAUAAUGAGCCACCACAGUCUUCUUCUGCAUCAUCACAGUGGUUGUAGCGUUUUAACUUUUGCUGUGUUGAGCAGCCAAGCUGGCAGACUGCAUCAAUGAAGAGAUUUUAUUUCAUCCCUUUUCCUUGCCAUGGCUUAUGUAAUUCCUUUCCAUGGCAACUCCUUCCAGAGGUGCACCAGCUUUCUGGCUGGUACCUCCUACUACCGUGGGAAUGGUUCGACCUGUUUGCUAGCCAUUAGGAAUUCAACCUAGGAUUGGGGCAGGAGAAUACUCAAUUCUUGUGUUUUGGCCCCAAAGGGAGCAUCACUGGAGCACUGGGAGUUUGUCUCUCCACACAACUGGCAGUGUUAAAAUGUCAGCUGUGUGCUAAGUAGGUUAGGAAUGAACACCUGCUACUAUAGUCAUACGUUGUUGCAUUCCAGCUCCCAUCAGCCCCAGCCAGUGUGUGUAAUGGUCAAGGGCGAUGGGAGUUGUCCAGCAACAUUUGGAGGGCCUAGGUUAGCCACCCUCGAGUUACAGGAUUAAGCUGACACUUGUUAAAAAUCAUAGCGAGGCAGCAUAUAGAUCUUCAAGAAAAUGUAGAGCUACGCAAUCAUCCUCCGCAGAUGGAAUAACAAGUAUAUUGCCAGAUGCAACUGAAGAGUCCUGCUAGUGGAAGCCUGUGCAAGGACUUCUGGGAGCGUAACGGGGCUUUACCCCUCUCCCCUGCUCUGUGCCCCCCAUAUUUGCUUGGGGGGCAUUGGGAAAACCCCCAUAACAGUGCAUCAGGGGGAGAGGAGGGGUCAUUCAAUCUAGCAACCUAGCUGAAAUAUUUGCACUGAUCCAACGAUUGCCAUAGCACUAUGCUGAAUUCCUCACAGAGAGUCACAGCUGAAGGAAGAUGGAUCGCCCUACAAAAGAGAUUCAGGAUGACCUUCAGGAGUGUAGGGAAGUUGGGUUGCAACCUGGAGAUUCCCUGCUGGCUUUACAUUUGCUGCAGAAUUUUGAGAUGAGGCAGCUUUGCUUAUUUCUGCCUCUUUCUUCCUUUUAUUUAUCACCGUCUGAGCAGCAACAUCUAGAAUCCUGGUUCCUACAAGAAGGAAGGGAGAGGGAAACAAACAGAAGAUGUGACUACAGCUCCUGGGCAAUGACAGCAAAAAUAAUGCUUGCUUUCUUAAUUACAGUGGUACCUCGAGUUAUGAACUUAAUUAGUUCCGGAGGUCUGUUCUUAACCUGAAACUGUUCUUAACCUGAGGCACGCUUUCGCUAAUGGGGUCUCCCGCUGCCACCAUGCGAUUUCCGUUCUUAUCCUGGGGCAAAGUUCGCAGCCCGAGGUACUACUUCCGGGUUAGCAGAGUUUGUAACCCGAAGCGUUUGUAACCCAAGGUACCACUGUAAUUUUGUUGGAGGUGGUAUUACCGAGAUUAGUGAGCAGUGUUGAUACCACUGGUUUCACUGCACAUGCCAAGCAUAAAUUUCCUUCAAGGAAUUAAGUCUUUUGUCAACCCUUUAUGACAGAAACUGUGCCCCUUUGGAUGUUGUUGGACUACAAGUUUCAUCAUCCCUGACUGUUUUCCAUGCUUGCUGAGGAUUAUGGGAGUUGUAUUCUGUCAACAUCUGAGGCGCCUUAGGUUCUCUGUGUGGGGAAUCGCCAGAAUAUAUUUGCUUCCAGACAGGAUUGCCAUUUUCCUUAAAAAGCAUAUGUGUAUUUAUUAUUACAUUUAUAUCCCACCUGCAAGAAGCUCAAGGUAGCGUACAUGGUUCUCUCUUUCCUCAGUUUAUCCUCUCAACAGCCUUGUGAGGUAGGUUAGGCUGACUGAAGGUAACUGGCCCAGGUCAAUAAUGUGACUCGACUUUAUUUUAGUAAUAUCUGGUUUCUAUGCUCUCUUGUGGCAGGAUAUAAAACAUUCCACAGUUGGUGUGGAGGUGGUGAUGUAUUUUGAAAUAUUUUGUUUCCCAAACCACUGAUUCACUUGCAAAGAAAAUAUAGAUAUGCUUAAAUAUAUUUUUCAAUCCCGAGUGAUGGAAGAUAGGCCCACCAUGCAAGUUUCAGGAAAUAGCUAUUAUAUGAUGGGGAAGGCUGGAACAAAAGAUAUUCUGACACACAGUGCCAAGCCCUUAAGAAUAAUGGUUGAAAGCAGAACGCUUAAUAUGGCUUAAUGGCACAAAUAUGUUGAAACACCAAUGUAAUAAAAACAGUGCAAGUGGGAUUUGAAAAGCAAAUGGGAAAAUAUUAACAUGAGAAUGCAUCUGGAAGGAUGGGUGGGAGUUUAAAAGUGUCCUCAUGUUCUCCUGGCAAACGCAGUGGUGGUUCUGGUUCUUAUUAGAACAAUUUAGAAGUCAACAAACUGCUGACCUUAAUUAAGAAUCUUUUCAUAAUCUAUCAUCCUCUUCCUACAGCAGUUCCUUGCUAAAUAAUCUUAGGAACUUGUUUUGAGCUGGGAAAAUGUGUGUCUUGAAUGCUCAGCUUGUCUGGAACAAAGUAGGGUGUUUUUUAACCAUCUUUAAAACGAUAGCUAUGAGUAAUAGGAACCCUGAAAAUUAUGGGUUAUGACUGAAUAAUAAAAUAAAAGAAAUAAUAGGCAGUACUUGGGUAAUGAUAUUCUGUAACUAUAGAAGCAAAAGUAUAUUUCUAGAGUAGGUUUGCAUUUUUUUAUCAGUCCAUCUCCAUGCAGAAGAUUACUUUCUUUAAUCCCUGCCUGAUACACAGGAUAAAAGCAGGGAUACCUGCUUUUGAGUUGUAGGAAGGAACCUGAUAAACUGAAAGGAGAACUUUGUGGUGUGUGGAAAGGACCCUUUUAGAGGGAGGAGGACAGAAACCAGCCAACAAGAUGCUGUGGAAUAAUUCAUAGAAUCAUAGAAUCAUAGAGUUGGAAGAGACCACAAGGGCCAUCGAGUCCAACCCCCUGCCAAGCAGGAAAUUCAAGCAGAAAUAUUCCUGAGAUGGCCAAAAUCAUGAUCAGAUGUAGGAAGGAUCAUGUCCGCUGACGUGCUAGGAUUAAAACCACAAGUUCACUGCUAGUAUAUUCAUAGCCUUGCAGCAAUUUCCCAAUCACAAUUCUGGCUCAGGAUAUAGAACAGUGGUUAAUACACAGCUCAUUUGAUUUUUUUUAUUGUUAAUUUUAUUUUCUACAUUUUACUUUUUGUUUGUAAACAUCUCUGGAAUCUCAUAUACCCACUCUGGGGUGUUCAUUUUGAACCUUUGGUAUCUUUUAUGCCACUCUGUCUGAAAGAAAAGCCUUUGCAGAAUUACUGGAAUGGUAGCUGGGAAAAUAAAACCAUCCCACUCGGUUGGGCAGAAGGCUGCUCUUCAAGCUUUGCCAGCCGCCUUCUGCUGAAGAUGAUUGGAUUGGGUUCAGUACCGUUCAAGGAAGCUGUGUGAUAUUUUAUGUUUCCUUUCUUACGGGAAUAAGGGCUACUGGAUAUGAGUCCACAGUGUUGUGAAGCAACAUUUUCAGUAGCUGUGGCAGUUCAGUUGCCUGGGAGACACUUAAUUCAUGUGAAUUUGGGGCGAUGGCUCAACCCUGCUCUCUCCAGAGUACAAUGAAUGAACAAUUGACUUGUCUCCUAAAUAUUUGCCCAGAAAAUAUUGACCCUUAGUUGGUGUAUUGCUGACUCAAAUCGGCCCUCCACCUACGUAUUAUCCAAUGGGCUAAUGAAAGGAGGGUCUUGAUUUACACAUAGUAAAGCCCUUGCUUUAAAAGCUGUUGAUGCAUUUUAAAUUAUAAUUUAAAAUAGUAAAAUUUUGAACUGUAACAAAACAGUUGGAGAGAAAGAAGUAGUUGUUGUUCCUGUCACCACUGCUGUCCUACAGCAAUCCAUUGUUAUUACCUUUUAAAAACAACAGUGUGUCUUUUACCCCCAAUAGCUACUGCAUGGGAGAUUGAUACUUCCAGAACAGACAAUGAAGUAACACUUUGAAAAGAUGUCCAAAGCUGCUGAGGAGCAUGGGUUUGUGUAGGACAGAAGCUUCUGCUUCAUUCUCAUCCUCCUUCCAUUGCUGACCCAUGGUAUGGUUAUUGAACAUGAGGCUUCCACCUUGCUGAAGCUAAGCAAGUCUAGGUCUUGCCUGUGCCAGAGACAUCCAGGGAACCCUCAGUUUUGUGCCCCCUCAGUGGUUCUAUGAUGAAAGGACGGUGGGAUAUAAUUGUAAGAUCUCUCCUCUCCUCCCCUCCCCCCAUCCCAAACCUUCUUUGGCUACUGUUUGUUCCAACCAGUGGUUUGAUGGGUUUUGAGGUUUUCUAACCAGUGGAAGAGCUCUAAGAUGUGAACGGAGGUAGAGAGAUGUGGCAAAGCUUAAAUGAUUGAUCAUGAAAUUCAUGCUGAUUUACACUGUCCGGUGUCAACCAUCCCUUAAUUCAUUUUUAACUGCUGAUCCAUUUUCUUUACCUGUUUAGAGAAUAACGUAGAGGUUUUGUGAGUUGAAGUGAAGCCAACAAUGAUAAUAAUGACUUCCCUGACUUUCAACUCUUUUAUCAUCGGAUAAUAAUUAUUAUUAUAUUUAUUUGUUUGUUUGAUAUAUAUAUACCUCCCUUCAUCAUAAGAUCUCAGGGUGAUUUACAGAAUAAAAUACAGGAUAAAAACAAGUAAAUAAUUAAAAAUAAAACAGCAAAAUAAUAACUCCCGCUUCCCACAGACACAUUAAAAAAGCUGUAGAGUAUUAAUCAGCCCAGCUGAAGAGGAAUGUUGAAAAGGCCUGGUUGAAGAGGAAUGUUUUUGCCUGGUGCCUAAAAACAUACAAUGAAGGUGCCCGGUGAACCUCCCUGGGGAACGAUUAUAUAAAUAAUAGGAGGAUAUUUUAUGGGUGUGCUUCAUACUCAUAAAGGAACAUUGUGAGGUGUUCCCAGCCAUACACAGCUGGACAGUGCUCCACACUCCAGUAUGGAAACCUCGUGUGUUGAAUCUAGUGUUGCAUAUGCAGAGUUCCAUUCAUGCAACGGGACUUUCCCCUGCCUCUCCUCUCCCUGCUCGCCCUCAAAAUCUGCUCCAGAGUGGAGAUGAGUAGAAAGUUCCAUUGCACAAAUGGACAUCUGCUGAAUAGUAGUGUUGGACAGGACCCACUUGUAGAGAAGGGUGGAUACAUCAGCAUAACAACUGGGAGAUAAGAACCUUGGAAUCUGGAGCUAUUGGCAGCUCUUGGCCACUGGGGAAGGCUGGGCUGAUGUCCACUUUUUUCCUGGAGUAACAAGGGAGCUGGCAGUUCAUCUGAAAAUCAAGUGAAGAGAGAGCUUUUUCUUUUUUUUCUUUUUAAAAGCAUAAAUUAAUACAAUAUUUAGAUUCAGAUGAAAUCUGACAUCUUUGAUAUGUGUAUUGUUAACAGCAGGAGAUAAUGAGUGGGAUGAAAUUGAUUUUCAACUUUUUGAAUUGUUCAGUAACAUAUGAUGGGUGAAAAAAAGUAAUUCAUUUGUUUGGGAAGGUUAUAUCCUCCAAAUUAUGCCACUUUUAAAUUUUUAUUAAGACCAGUAUUGGAUUUGGGAGAGCAACAGUGUUCUAAAUGACUGGCAGUCGUUAAUAUAAUUACUCUUGCAGAAGGAUGGAGUGGUGAAGCAAUUCAAACCUGUUUUUGUAUCAGGGUUGGCUCACAUGCUUCUAACAUUCCUGUUUGUAGAAAGGCAUACUAAAUUAAAAAACACACACACACACACACACACACACACACGAAAAAGCCCACAUUUUACUCAAAUAUGCUUCACAUUAAAUGGCUAAUGCAGCAUGUUUAUGGGUAAAGCUUCCUCCAAAGGAGCUAAGCUCUGAACUCACAUGAUUGGUGUUUAUGUUAAGUAGGCAUUCCAUGCCAUUGUAGUCUGUGUUUAUGUUUCUAUCUGAAAUCACUGCAUUCCACUGCUGUUGCCUCCUCCCAAAAAACUGCCUGUUAUACCAAUGGCUUUGCUUGGCUGCAUGUGUUGAAUAUAUCACAAAGAAAAAAAGUUUGCUACCAUACUUGCUCAGGACACAAGUCUCUAAACACAUUUGCACUCUACUUCUCCAUGUGUUGGGGAAUAAGCCCUUAUGCAACACAAAAAUGAAGUGGACAUUUUGCUCGAAUGGUGUGUGAGGGAGAAAGCUCUUCCUAAGGUGACCCUUCUCCCUGCCUUUGGAAGCCUUAUGCAAAUCUGCUGCAGGCGAUGGACUGUGGGUAGAAAGGUAAAGGCAAAGGACCCCUGGAUGGUUAAGUCCAGUCAAACUUGACUGUGGGGUACUGCACUCAUCUGGGUCAUGUGGCCAGCAUGACUAAACCGCUUCUGGCGCAAUCGGACACCAUGGCAAGUGCCAAAGUGCACGGAAACACUGUUUACUUUGAGUAGCCUCAAGGGAGGAGUGUUUCCAGCUACCCCAGCCCCUGUCUUUGGAAGCCUCAGUGGUGCCUGAACUGCUGCUACCAAAGGCGCAGUGAUCCUUUGGGGAAACUGAGGGAAGCCUUGACAUUUGGUCAUACUGAUUUGAUGCUUGGCUAAUUUGCAGUAGACAUCCAAGCAGUGGCUAGAAUAUCUAGGACUGUGGCAAAAUGGUUCAUAAUCCCUUGUUAUUUUUUUGUACUGCAAAGAUGUGUAAUGCUGCUACAUUUAUAGUAUACAAGUGUUGUUUUUUUGUAUGCUGUUGCAUUUGCCAUUAUGUUGCUGUUAGGAAAUGGUUCUUGCAAAUGCUGAUUUGUGGCGUAUUGCUGUUGUCCUUGUUGCAAGACACUUUGAGCAUAAGUGUAUGCAUGGAAAAAGAAAACGAAAAUUAAGUGGUGAUGAAAUGCAGCCUUGGUCCUGUUCCACCCAAGAACAGCCUGAUGUCAAGCUGGUGGAGCCUUGUCCUACCCACUAAUCAAAAUACCAAGGAGCUAGGUGUGGAUGAUCAGAUUUUUUUAGUCUCAGUGGAGGAGUGUCCUCAAAGUCAGGGCUUUUCUAGAAAAUACCUAUUUUGAUGGAAAGAAAACUAAAGCAGCAAUCAACGUUCAGUUAUGAGACUUUCCCAGAAGGGAGAGAGAUUGGGGGGCAGAGGGAAGAAGGGGUUGUUGGCAGGAACAUCCAGAGCGGUGAGGCGGUGCCACACCAUUGCCCUCCUGACAGCAAUGGUGCUGCUGUUUUCCAGCAUGAGUAGGGAGGCAGGUCAGCUUGGUGGGAAAGUUGGGGUUGUGCAGGCCGGGUGCACCGGUGGAAGUGCUGGAUUGGCUCUGUCACUCUGUGAGCAUGCCCUUGACCUCACAGCUGUACAGUCUUGCUCCUGGUUGUGGGGGUGAGUUGGUAACACAACUGUGCCGUCUAAAUGCAGCUUGAACAAAAGUGGAGGGAGAAGGAGGAUAGUUGCAGUGUCACAGGGAGGACAAUGGGGUUGGAGAGGAGAGGCGCCACUGUUACCUACCCUUCCACUCUGUUUUACAAAUACAUGAAAGGAAAGAAGACUCUGGGGGAAAGGGGACUGGAGAGUAUAGAAGUGCAACUCAGGAGCACCAAGAGAACGAAGGGCUGGUGUGUCCAAGCAGUUAUAGGCUUGGGCAUUGACUACUUUAUUAAAGAAGGGGUGGUUCUGGGUGGGUUCCCAAGCAAAGGGAAGUGAUCUUUGGCUUGAUUUACAAGGGAGGAUGGGGGCUGGAGGUAACUGGCUUUUCUACAGUGAGCUUAGCACUUCCUGUUGAUGAGUUACCAAACUGAAGUGCCUUCUUCCACCAGUUGCAUUAGCAGUGCAUGGAAAAUAUGGUACAUUGGUCUGGCUUCUUGGGUGCCUGAUUUGAUACCCUUGUUAAUGUUCAAUGUGCGGCUGGUGAUUGGAAGCCACAGUAAUGCAAAGUCUUCCAAUAGGCAGGGGUACUUUGUCCUUUUCCUGUUGCUAAGCUACCACUGUUAAAAGCCAGAAUACAUCCUGCUAGCCACACAGCUGAAGAAAAAUUUAACUGCUCAGUCUCUCCCAAAGGGAGAGUGUAAUGCCUGCUUCCUCAUCCCCAUCACAGAGGGCUACAUUACUGCAUCAUUCAUGAACCCUGAAGUACAUUUCUAUCUCCCCCCCCCCCCCGCCGCCAACAGUGCCAACAUAAAUAAGUCUGGUUUGUUGUUUGGGUUGGAAAAAAUCGUACCGAAAGCUGUUAUGGCCAGAAGGUCAUGUGCCAGUUUUUCAUUGCCCAUAGCUUAGCAAUGACAAUGUAGCAUUUUGUUUACUUCAAAGUUAAACAUUAAACACUCCUUUUUAAAAAAGAAAAAGAAAAGAGUACCAUAGAUAUUUAUGAUGACAGGAUCAUUAUUUGGAUCAGUAACUUGGCUUGGUUUUGGAGUAGGCCAAAUUUCUGUGCUCUCGGUAGUGGUUUUGGGUGUGGCCAUAUCUUUCCCUUUAUGUUGGGCCAAUUUCAGACAGUUGACAGGUGUCUCUGCUGUUCUUCAUCUUGUGUCAUAUGGCUAUUCUCUUAGUUCAGGGGAGGGGAAGGUAAGCUCUCUGUGGUGUCCUAGCAACCAAUGACAUGCUAAACUAUAUAUAGCUGACAAAUGUGCCCUGUGAUUACUUGGAAACCACAAAAUGCUUGUUCCUCCCUUCUCCACCUUGAAAUGGCCAAGAUCUAAGUGCCACAAUGGUGGUUGUUAGUAGCUGGCGGGAGAAAACCCAGACUACAGAAAUGAACUGGUUUUUGGCUUGUUGAAUUGGUGGGCUGGCCCUUGGAGGCUUCUGUCUGGAGACCUCUGGAGAAUCACAGCACCUGCUGUGGCUGCAGAGAUCGGUAACUUGUAACUGCUGCCUCCUGUGCUGUUUUUGCUGCAUUGGCAGCACCAAAGUGACCUCUCCAAGGUGCAAGCCAGCGCACUGUGUAUGGAGGUCCUGGGGUGCCCAGACGAUGCAUUGGGCACCAGCUUGGCUGUAGGAGUUGGCUAAAGGAGGCAUAAAAGGCUGGACCUUGAGGUUAUAAAUAUUACGUUUUGGCAGGGUAUAGCAAUAGUUUUUCCAAAGUUCAAGAAUUGUUGUUGUUGUUGUUUUACAGUUGAGUUUGAAAAGCUGCAUCGAAAGUGGGUUCUUUUUUGGGGGGGGUAGUGUGUGUGUAUCAGAUUUUACUUUGAAUGUACUCUUGUAAUACUCCAGUGUCUUUAAAAGUCACAUUUGAAGUGGAAUUUGGCUGCUGCAUGUACUUAACAUUAAUAGCUACUCAUAAUGAAGAAAAGCUGCUCAUCAUAAAGGCUAAUGGUCAAGAAUGUGUAUCAUCUGCAUGUUGCGUUAGACAAAGUGAACUGAAUAAACACAUCAGUUGUACUCUGGCUGACUGAAUCCACUAGUUCUUCUACAUUAGCCCCAGGAAUCAUUUAAAAUCCAGCAGCUGAGCUCAUAUUGUGCCUGUAGGGGUUUUCCCUUUAAACUGAUUGGCUGUAAGCAGUCUCUUUUCUGGUCUGCUUUGCAUGGUCCACACUCAUCCAAAUCAGACCCAAGCCUAUUGGGCCUCCUGCCAGGGAGCUUGGAGGAAAUGUAGCCAGGCCUGGCUUGGAAGCUGCUUUUGGCUGCACUGCCCCCACAAAGGUUUUUGUUCCUUCCCCAUCCCUGUACAAAUGCUUCUAACGCCAACUUUUGCUGGUGGGAGGAACACAAAGGGUGUGACUAUAGCUGGGCACAAUCCACCAUUAGCGUGGAACAGUCUACAGUGGUACCUCGGGUUACAUAUGCUUCAGGUUACAUACACUUCAGGUUACAGACUCCGCUAACCCAGAAAUAUUACCUCAGGUUAAGAACUUUGCUUCAGGAUGAGAACAGAAAUCGUGCAGCGGCGGCGCAGCAGCGGGAGGCCCCAUUAUCUAAAGUGGUGCUUCAGGUUAAGAACAGUUUCAGGUUAAGAACGGACCUUUGGAACGAAUUAAGUACUUAACCCGAGGUACCACUGUAAUCUGCUUUGAGCUUCAGUUUGUUGGCUCUCAUCCGUCCAUUACUGAGGCAAGACACUGGUCCAGCACCUCCACUGCCACACCUGCAGAUGUAAAGGAGAAAUAGAGCUGUGUGUCAUCAGCAUAUUGCUGAAAACAUACUCCAAACCCCUCUGGAUGACCCCACUCAGCGGUUUCAUGUAGAUGUCAAACAGUAUAGGUAAUGUGAACGUCAGUUUGCCUAAUAGGUAAUUAUUUCAGUAUAAACCUACUGAGGUGAGGAAAGAGCUUCUAGUUAUUUACAGAACUUCUUUCACUUGGAACUAUUCUAUUGAAGUCAAUUAUGAGGAUUGGCUGUUGUAUUGGGAAUGUUCUAUUAAUAAAUAAGCUCUUGAUUGUUUUAGUUAAAAAUGAUCAAGAUUAAACCUUAGUUGAAGUUUAUGGAAUUCAGAACUAUAGGGAGGGAGGUUGCUAGCAGGUACAAUGGAAGAACACAACCAAUAGUAUAUGUUGUAGGGAGUAACAACUGUUGCCGUAUUUGCUGAGAGAGAAGCAGGGCCACAGGUCAUGCAGGUUAUGAAUGUAUGAGACUCAUUUCAUAAUUGUUUUUUGGAAUGCUAAAACAAAUGUUAAUGUUUCCUGGCUAUUCAAAGCUGCUUUUACUGGAAAUAGCUGGCAUUCUAAAUAUACAGAAAUAGCAAAUCUAGCACAUAAAGUGUUGAUAAAUUGUUAAACUCAUUAUUUACUGUUCCAUUUAAAAGGGAAAAUUUUCUAACCCAUGUAAUUAUUGAGUAAUUUGUGCUUCAGAAGUUUGUUGCAUACAUUUUAUCGCAAUAAUGUGAUAAAGUGAGCUUGAAGAACUGGGCUUGAAGAACUGAGAAUGUCAUUGAAUUCAGUGAUGCUUUUUCACUCAGUCUUUGAUAUAGCAGAAGAUUCUGCUAAGAGAAGAGGAAGGGAGUCAGCUGUUUCCCUCCCCCAAUCUGUUCCUUGGGGUAGGGAAGAAUCUCCAGAACUGCUCUAGAAGGUGCUGAGAGAAGCUGCAGGGAGAAAGGGGGAAAUUGGUGAGAAAUCACAUUCCCUCUUCUCUUAUUAGUGGAGAGCAACACUAGGUCAAAGAAUAUUCCAUGAAUUGAAGGGCACCACUGGAUACAGCCCCAAGUGUCUUUCUUAGUAAGAAAAUUUCCUUUGAACCAUCUGUUUGGAAGCUGAUGCCACUAUCUUCUCAUGUUGUCCCCUGCAACUGUGAUGUAAAAUGAGGAUUCAAAACUCAGGUAAAUGGAAAUUAUAUGGUCUGAAGUCCAUUGUUACAUGGUGUAACAUCCUUUAACUGCAGAAUAUCCCUUCUCAACAUGUUCCCUUCUUGCUUCAUAACUGCUUCUUCACCUUCUUUUAAAGAUGACAGCUUACUGAUGGCCACCUGUGCAUAUUUUCCUUAGCAAAUACUGGUAAAACUUAUUACCAUGUGUUUGAAGGAUACAGCAUUUGAGCAGUAAUAUCUCAGUAAUAUCUCUUCUUUCAUAUACUGAAUUAAAUACAUGAUAAUACUUUGAAAAUGAUCUUCUGCUCAGCACACAUUUUGUUGAACAACUUGACUAACUUGCACUUCCUCACUGCUUUCUAAAAUUCUGCACGUAUCUCUAACAUUGCUCCUUCUACUUACUAUUACUAUGGGUUGUUUGUAACUUUCAUUGUGCUUUUGAAAUGCCUUCUCUAUUCAAUGUGCACCAUAUAUUUAUGUUAACAUUUUGGUAUCAUUUUUGGCAUCUAUAGCUAGCAGUGUUUUUACAGCUGCUUUAGUGAUAAUUGUGUUUUGGUUUAACUUUCUUCUCAUUAACAACAAUCUGUUUCCCCACAACUGUAAUAGUGAAGGGAAACAUCAACAAUGUAGGCAUAUAUCGGUAUGUACUCUUUUGUUGUAACUUGUUCCUGCAUCACUGCUAAUGGAGACACUCAACUUUUUGGCAAGUCAAGGUGUUGAUAGUGGUGUACAGAGCCCUAAGUGGCUCAGGGCCUGAGUACCUUCCUCAAUACCUCCUGAUCCUUGCUCUGAGAUCAGUGAGGAAGGCCCUGGCUCAUGGUCCCAUCAGUGGGCAUUGUCCAAUGUACUGUGACUGUAAACAGAGACUUCUCAGUAGUAGCUGUGUGGUAAUGGUGCUCCCUCCCUGAAGAUGAGGGUACUUCCUUUACAACAGACAUUCAGUAUCUUCUAACAUCUGUCUUGUUGCUAGUUUUUCAAAACUCAGUACUGUGAUUGUAAUAGCAUAUUUUACAUGUUGAUAAAAAUGCCUUUAAUUUUUUCCAUUUUCUUGGCCAUUACCAAAAAGUCCUCUUUUUCAAAGCUGCAAUUAUAGUAAAACUGGCUAUUUCCACAAACUGUCAGUCCUGUAACAUUGAAAUUAGGAUUUAGCACCCUGGCUUCAAUGUAUAACAUAACGUGGGUCCCACUAAUUCACACAAAAGAUUACUCUAAUCUGUGUUUUCAUCUCCCCUUAAAUAGCCCAGUAAAAGUUCAGUUAAGUUCCAAGUUGCUGAAAAUGUACAUUUUGUGUUCUUGAGAGAACUGUAACCAGCAGAGGGCAGUAUGAGGCAUUCUCUAGUCCAGUGGUUGUCUCAAUAUGUAUGUCUCGAAUGUAAGAUUAAGGAGGUCCAGCUGGAUUGUUGUCAGGUGACAUACAGGUCUUCAUAUUGAGCCCGUUUCUUAUGUUAAGAUAAAGUCAAGAGGGAAGUGCCAGGUUGACCAGAUACCGCCUCUUGACUUGCAUUAUUUCAACUGAAACAUGUGACUCUAAUCUGCGGAUCUGGCCUGGGCAGAAUACCAUCUGGGAGCCAUAUGUGGCUGUUCUUAGCUCUACGAAGGCAAAACUGGUACAAAUGUAAUAAAUAAAUAAGGGCAUAAUUAAAGCAGCUGUGUCCCCAUUUGUGGGAAUACCCCCCCCCCCCGCAAAAGCUCUCAGAGGGUCUUCUUCCUCUCUUAGAACCACAGAUUUGAGGCAGGAAACCAAGUACAUAUGGUGAUACCAAGCAACAGAGAAGUGUUAUUAGAACUGCGGGGGGUGGGGGUGGGAUAUACUUUUUAUUGAUCUGAAAAAAUUACCAAGAUCCCAUCUGUACUAUACAUUGAAAGCAGUAUCAUACCACUUUAAACAGUAAUGGCCUCCCCAAAAUAAUGAUGGGAACUGUGGUUUAAGAGCCCUGAGAGGAGUUAGGAGAUCCUUUUUCUCCUCACCGAGCUAAAAUUCACAGAGUAGUUUAGCAAUCCAUCCCUCCUCCCAGGGAACUCUUGGAAUCGUAGCACUAUGAGAAUAGGAUUCUCCUAACAACUCUUGGUAUCCUUCACAGGAUUUUGGGGAGUAAGCCAUGACUGUUUUAAGUGGGAUGUUACUGCUUUAAAUGUAUAGUGCAGAUGGCAGCUGAAUAUAUUUGAAGGCUUAAGGUUCUGGGAAGAUCUGGUUGGGGAGGAGGGUGUGAUUAGGAGUGAGAGAAGAAGUAAAAGUUAACUGCAGACUGAGGGCAGUAACUAGCUUUUAACUGCAGCAGCAGGCCACAAAUAGGAAGUUGUGGCACAGUUAAUUGGCAAGUUUGUGGGACCCAGGAAAAGUUCAAACUCUUGGUUGGCCAAGAUAAUAAUUUGUUCAGUGCCAAAUUUUUGUAUCAAACGUAAGUGUGGGAUGAUUCUUUCCUUCUUGAGGCUUUUCCUACCUGUGUCCUCUUUUCCCUGUUCUGUACUGGAAAGUGAGUGGUGUGAAGAAAGAGACUUAUAGUCCAUUCAAUUGUGAUGAAUGAGGAACAAUUUACCUCACACCUUGGACUGUUUACCUAACCUAUUGAGGUAAAGUGGAGGGUUAUGAUCUCCCCAAAGAAUUUUCUAGAUUAGGCUGCAGCUCCUGGAAUUCUACUAUACCAGAUAAGACACCUGCAUGGCCUGUUGCAAUGGCCAUGGUCAUACUCAAUUUAUAUAUCACAUUUUAUGUCUGUGCUCAGAGCAGUUCACAUAAGAAACAAAAACCAUCUAAAUACUGUGGUACAGUAACAAUACAUAGUAUAAAAAGUAUACCUGAAAACAUUACACUAAAAACCCCAACCAUUAACAGUUCAUUUGGUAUGCAUCAAAAUGUCACCAAUCAGGUUCACCAAUAUAGCAAGUAAAAAGAUAUUAUAACUUCACACUCAAACCCAGUAAAAUUAAUACAUAGUAAUCCCCACCCUUAUAUGCUUCAACCCAAGACAAGAAAAUCCCCUCAGAGCUAUCACAAAGGCUCCCAGGGGCUAGAGAGCGGUACAAGGUACACAGAAACAACAAUUUCCUGAUACGCAGGCAAUUGUGAAGGAAACAGUAGGAAGCUUUUACGUAUUUGUGGACAGCUGAUGGUACAAGUCACAUAGCUAAAGGGUGUGGGGUAAAACAAAGGUGUGGGAGGGGACAGAGUUAAUGGUGGAGGUGGGUAUUUCAGUGCAGCUAAGUGCUGCACUUAGACUUCAAAUUUCAGAGGGUGGUGAUAUGUGGCAAGUAACAAAGUUGAAAAUAUGGAGAAGUGUUUAAGGAGGAGAACAGUUGACUACCAGGCUGGAAAAGGAAGAGGCUGCCAAAAUACUGUUUUGUUGCUUUCUCUUAAAGCUCCAUGAAACAUGAGUACUUUGUAUACGCAAAUUGCUACUGAAUGUUUAAUAAUAGGCCUUUCACUGUGUUGGCCUGUAGGGUUGCCAAGUCUCUCUCUCCUCACAGGGCCAGCGGGCCAGGGAGAUGAGCCAGUUAGUUCAAGGAUGUUGCCUGUUUGAGCAGGAAGUGGAUGUUGGUGGUACAUUGUGAUAUUUUUUAAUUUUUCUUUAAGUUUACUGCAAACAAAUCUCAAGUGGAGGACUGAUGGAUUCUUUUGCAUGUGUUUCCAAAGCAUAUGUUUUAUGUCUUUGUUAGCAUUUGCUUCUUAGGUUCUUGCUUUUACAGGACAAAAAAAUAAAUAAAAAUACUUAGAUUGAAAGUGUAUGCUGGAAAAAGGGGAAAGUUUAAACUCACUUGAGGGUUUAAGUAUCCUUGUGGGUGUGGGCAGCAAAGACUGAGGGUGGGCCUUGUAGAAAAUAGCUUUCUGUCUUGUUCCAGCUCCUUUACAUGAAAUUGGUCUUCUAGUGAGCAAGUUAGGCCCUAUAACUUAACACCAUCCUUAUCAUUGUCUAUGCAGGCUGAACUGAGUUGGAGUCUACAGGUUUCCCACCUGUGUAAUAAUUUCACGGCACCUGAAUACCUGACAAUCCAGUUAAUGAUGGUUUUAAACAAAUGAAAAUUCACAGGAGAGAAGGGGCCUAGAAUGCCAUAAAUAUAGCAUGUCAUGCCAAUCAGGCUCAUGGAUUUGCUAAAAUUAUUCAAAAGUUGUACAUUAAGGCUACAAGUCUGUGGGUGGUUAACUGGGAUUAACCUUGAAUAGCAUACUGGAACUUCUCAAUAAACAUGUUUAAGAUUAAAUUUUAUCAUUUUUUUAAUUAUGUGCCCAUUUUAUGUUUUAGUAUUUACAAGCAGCAAGGUAAUAUGUUUAUCUACAGGAUGGGAUAUUAAUUAAAAAUUACACAUAGAUUAAAAAUCAAUUACCAUGAGAAAUACUGAUUCUACAAGUGGAGAUAUGACAGACAAUGUUUAAACUGAAGCAGAAAAUGUGAAGAAAACAAAUUGUGCAUCAAGGAAAUUUAGAUUCUGAAUAAUACAAAUCAGUUUAAAAUGUGUACAUAAAAUCAUUUUGUAUGCAUGUUGUCAAGUAGCAUCUUUAUUCAUGAUUAGUGUUUAUGAUGCAGAUUUUAUAAUAAUACAGGGACAGGAAAAAUGCAUUGUUAUGUAAUAGACAACAGGUCUGCAGUGUAUAGUAUUAGAUAGGGAAAGCUAAUAUUUGAAACUAUCACAGCCUGGAUUUUGCUUUUUAAAAGUGUACAUGAAAAUCUCAGUGUUAACACCAAGAGAGGUUUUUUUUAAUGUACUGCCUAUACAUUAAAAUAAAUAUAAAAUGUCAAAUUAUGCAAAAUUCCAUGUGUGCCGGUAUUUAGAAAAGUCUUACUCUUCUCAAUAGUAUAGGCAACCAUGCACUACCAAUUUGCUCUGCCCUGGAAACCAGACAUGCUUCCAGACGGACCAGUACUAGUUCGGUGUGAUAGUGACAUUUAAAUUUGGUUCAGCUCCGGCUCAGUACUGGGAAAAGUAUUAUUAUUAUUAUUAUUAUUAUUAUUAUUAUUAUUAUUAUUAUUAUUUUGGCUUGCAACAGUGCCCUGACUUUCAUAUAGUUAAUUAACUUCAGUUGAGUAGCCAUCUGUGGUUGUUCUGGAAAAGACUGAUAGAGCCAACACUGGAGUUGUGAAAAGGGAAAUACAGUAAUAGCUCUAGUAGUAGUAUUGCCUGCAGCAAGCUGCUGACAUUAUUCAAGUACCAAUUGGUCUUGUCUGGCACACCAGUCUUUACAAACUUGCUAAAUGCCUUGUGGCAUGAAUAAAUUAAUCUUGUCUUCCUAGGUGCGCUCUCUCCCUCUCAGACAGAUAGUUAUUUCUUAAAUUGUUGAAAUGCCUAGCAGGUGCUUUUGUCAAACAUGAAUUUACUUUUUCUUUUGCAGUGACUUAGACAGAAACAACAUUACAAGGAUUACAAAGGUGGACUUUGCUGGGCUUAAGAAUCUUCGUGUUCUGUGAGUAUGGGGGGGGGGGAGUCUCCCUAAAGCAGUUCCUUUUAUUUUAGUAUUCAGCAGCUAUCUACCACAAGCAAUAAAAUUCCCUCUGUGUUGUCAGUCUUCAAGCUGAUACACAGCUGUGCUGCAUACACUGCAUUGAAUUUAUAUGCUAAAAGUACACUUUUCAAAGGUACAAUGUCAGGCACAUUGCACUUUCCACACUUGAUUUUGAUAAGUCUAUUGUAUCGUUUCGCUUGCUUGCAAAUUGACUUUACUAAAUUAGUAAGCAGGAAGUUCUGUAGAGUUCUGUAGGAUAUUGACUUAGACUUAAGCAGUGCAGUCCUAAAUAGUAAAAGCCGGCUCAGUUCAGCGAGUUCACACCCAGAAAAAGUGUGAAUAGCAUUACUGCCUAAGUGACAUUUCAUAAGUGACACCAACAGAAAAACAACAACAGACAAUGGUCUGAUUUAUUGAAGUUAUGCUGUGGUAGAAAUAUCUGUGUGCAAAUGUGUUAGCAAACCAUUAAAUGCUCACUAAUAAAAUGUGUGAUUUUAACAAGCCCCCCCCCCCCGAAUAUGGUUAGUCAAAUAAGUCAUGUUGAACUCAGCUGAAUUCUGGUAUUUAGAAUUGCAGCCUGAGGCCAAGUUUGUACAUGGCUGUUAGUCGCUCAAAGACCGCAGUAAUAACUUGCAUGCAUGAAAGAGACAUUACAGAUCUAACACAGACAGAUAUAAAUCAGCUGAUAGCUCUUAUAUAGAGUUUUUCAAUUGGUAUGGUUUUCUGUUAAGUUGAUAACAAUACUUCAAGCCUGAUUAACACUUGAUGCACAUGACAUUCAGUAGCUAAGUAGAGCUGAUGAUUACUACACCCUGUACCGCAUAAUCCUAUAUAUGUUUACUCAUAAGCAAGUUCUACUGUGUUCAUUGUCGUCUAUUUCUGGGUAAUGCAUAGGAUUGCAACCUUUUUAACCUAUUACUGUCUUCUACCAAACAUAUAAGUUGACGCAAGGAAUUCUGUCACCGCCCUUCCCCUAUGCCACAUCUAAUUUCUAUGCCCUUAUUAGUCAGUGUCAUUGUCAUAUGAUAGAUAAGAAAAGAAACUAAUGGAUAAACUCAUUUUUAAGCAGGAAUUGUUUUCAUUUGGGGAUGGAUGAGUUGGUAUCUUCUCUGUUUCCCUAGUUAAUAUGACUGGUUUUUAGAUUGUUUAAUAGUUCUAUUUUAAUGUGAAUGUUUUGCAACAUUGUAUUUUAGUGGUUUGCUAUUCGCUGCCUUGAGAUCCCUUUGGGAUGAAGGCUAGCUGAAUAUAAUAAACAUUUGUUUUGGAGAGAGUGGGAAGCUAACCUUUGUGAUGUAUUUAUUUUUUACAUAGGCAAUUUGAGUAAUUUGAAGAUUGCUUAUAUUUUUAACAUCAACAAAUAUCUUUUUUUCCUAAAAUAGGCAUUUGGAAGAGAAUCUAAUUAGUGUAAUAGAACGUGGAGCAUUUCAGGAUCUAAAGCAACUUGAACGGCUGUAAGUAUUCUCUCUUGCUAAACCAUCUAAAUUGUACAGUUGAGAGAUGGUAAAGCUAUCUUGAUGUGAUGGAGGUUGGGGUAGGGGUGACAUAUCACAUAGUGAUACCUCGGUUUACGAACUUAAUCCGUUCCUGAAGUCCGCUCUUAAACCGAAACCGUUCUUAAACUGAGGUGCGCUUUCCCUAAUGUGGCCUCCCACUACUGGUGCUCUUCCACCAUUCGGAUUCCAUUCUUAGACCGAGGUAAAGUUCUUAAACCGGGACACUAUUUUCGGUUUUGUGGAGUUCGUAAACCGAAUCGUUCUUAAACAGGACUGUUCUUAAACCGAGGUACCGCUAUACAUGUUAACAUAGCAGCUGUCUCACUCUGGGGGAUGGGGAAAUGGUUUGAGCUUGAGGAUGGAAUAUAUUCAAGCUGUUAAAACUGAAUAAACAAGUUGUGAUUGCUAUUUUGUGAUCUAUGAAAAGCACUGAAUAAUAACCAUAAUAGCACCACCAGUGUGCAUGACAUUUUACAGAGUACAAAAGAAUAGUUUCUUACAAGAAUCUUACAAUCUAAAAUUCAACACAGGGGAAUCAACAGAGUUAGAUAAUACAGAUAUUUUAGUUGCACAUGCUUUAACUGAGUUGCAUGCCGAGUUCCUGAAGGGCAUAGGCAUCCUAGAAUUGUAGAGCUGGAAAGAUCCCAAAGUGUCAUCUAGUCCAACCUACUGCAAUGCGUGAAUCACAGCUAAAUAACCCCUGACAGAUGACCAUCCAACCCCUGCUUAAAAACCUCCAAUGAAGGAGAGUCCACCACCUUCUUAGGUAGUUUGUUCCACUGUCAAACAGCUCUUACUUUCAUAAAGUCAUUCCUAAUGCUUAGUUUGUAUUGCUUUUUGUGUAAUUUGAAUCCAUUGGCUCAGACCCUGCCCUCUGGAGCAGCAGAAAAGAAGCUUGUGCCAUCUUCUGUGUGACAGCCCUUCAGUUAUUUGAAGAUGGCUAUCAUACCACCUCUUCUUCAGGCUAAACAUAACCAACUCCAUCAGCUGUUCCUUAAGAAGUAGGGAGGUUAAUACAAAGGUGGGCUUUAAGGAGAGAUGUGAAGUUGUUCUGCCAGACAGUUGUAAGUAUAUAUGGCAGAAAGGGAGAAUGGAUGGAGAUCUUUGGGUAAUUGAAGAAUCUGGAGAAGGAACUCUAACGCACAGUGAUAUAUCAGGCUAUAAGACCAUCAGGAGAGAUGGUCAGGGAAGCUGUGUAGGACUUUGAAAAUAAAGGCAAAGCAGGUUGUGCUAGAUCCAGGAAUCGACAGGAAGCCAGUGCAUAGGGAUUUAAGGUGAUCAGAUGGCCAGGGAAUGAAUGAUUUUGGCAGCAGAGUGCUGGAUAUAUGUGAGGGUAUAAAGUUGAGAAAACAGAACACCAGAGAGAAGAUUGCAUAAGCUGAGAUAAUAGAUGAGCAGGGCAUGAAUGAGAGUUUUUGCCAAGGUGACAGAGAGAAAGGUCUGAAUUUCUGCAAAAUUGUAAAUGGAGAAGCAACAUGGUUUGGCUGCAACAGAGUAGAGAACAUUCAGUGGAUAAGGAAAGUGUACAGGAAGAAGAGGUUUGAGGAGAAAAGUUGAGAAGUAUUGCAUUCUCCUCCCCCCCCCCCCAAUUCAUGCACCUUGCAUCUUAAUAUAGUGAGAAAGCUGUGGGGUGUAGUUGUAGUGGUUCUUUUCAUCAGAGAGGACAGAUAGGAGCCAUGUGCUGAUAUGGUCAGAGUUCAGACUGGCUUAUGGUGUUCAAUUGCCGUUACUGAAAAUCUACAGUUGGCAGCUGAAUACCAAAAGGCAGUGUAGGCUCAGCUUAGCAUGUGGUGAAUAACACCAUCUGGCCCAACCUCCAGUAGCAUAGCCUGACAAAGCCCACAGUUGCCAAAGGCUCAAAUGGUUGUGUAAAUGAGCUCUAAUAAAAUGUGGCCAAUCCCUGCAAGUGUUCACAUGUCAUGGAAAGUGUGACAUAAUUUGCCGUAGGCUGAAUGGGAUUGCCUUUUCACUAAUGCAGUUUGCAGAGUUAAGUAUUGAACAUUAGGCCGCAUUUUAAAACGGGAUUUUAUUCAUACAAUUUCUUUUUUACUCUUGUUGAAAAUAUUUAAUUACACUUGUAGUUUGAUCAGUUAUAUUAGAUGAAAAAAUAUUAUUAGCCCUUUUUAAUAAAGUAGCUGUUAUGACAGCUAGACUCUCUCUGGCCAAAUAGUCAUUAAUAUUGCAAUAAAAUAUCACUGGAAAUAAUACUUGCUUCAUUUGUGGUUAUUCAAAAGGCAUGAAACUUCAAUGCCAAAUGAAUGUUGUUUUAAUAGUAUUUCACUUGCCGACACAUCAAAGUAGAGCUAAAACUACAAACUAAAAAUAUAGACAUUUUUCUUUGAAAUUUAUUGCUUGUUAUGGUUCCUGCAUGUAAAUUUUGAAUAUAUGAAAAGGUCUAUAGAUUGUAUUCAGGCCAAAAACACACUUGUUGACAGCUUUCAAGUCAUGUUACUUUGAAGAUUUACGCUUCCUAAAAACUGUAACUUAGAUUAAGCAUUUGGAUGCAUAUAAGUUAUCAAACCAUAAUGCAAUGAUUUACUUUAAUAGACAGCAAAAUACUUAGGGUGGUUGAAAUUACUAAGUGCAAAUAAAAUGUGGCCUUGGAAAAGGUUGCACCAUAGGAAAACUGCUGUUCAGUCAGAGGUGGCGGUGGCUGCUCUGAAAUCAGUUAUGCCCAGUACUGUGUAGGCAAGUAUAGUAGAGCUUCACAAUUGCAGAGAUGUGAAUAGCUGAAAACUUGUUAUUCUUAUUAAAGGAGAAGGGCCAGUUUAAAAGUCUAUUAUAGGCUAUAAAAAAAUCAAUAUAUUAUUGGCUCCAUGUAGUGUACAUAGUGCAGGUUGUUGAUUUGGGUGCUUAGUUCAUAUGUUGGAAUGUAGUUUGUACACAUGGAAACUAACUUCCACUCUCAGUCUUCCAGAAGCUGUACUCCAGUGUAAGCCAAUUCUGUAUAUUGGGGAAGAUGUAGUUACAGAAUCCCAUUUUCAUGUUUCAGAUAAGUUAUUUUGACUGUUUUGAGCUGCUUUCAUGGUGGGCUUUUUAAAAAGGCUUUACUCUGAGUGGAAAGGUAGCCAUUGGCAAAUUCGAGAUGACUGCACUGGAAAUGGACAGUUCAUUUUUUAUGCAAUAUUUACAGGGAGAGGAGGGUGGGAGAUAAAUUUGGGCUGCGUCAAAGUAUAUUUUCCUCAUUCAAAAGGAAUGUUCUGAAAUUCUUUGUGAAUAGUUUCCUGAUUAGUGGAUAAAAAGUUGGUGAAUUGGGGUAAAUAAAUGUUUGUUCAGAUGUUUCAUAUUACUUAGGUCAUGUUGGAUUUAUGCUUUAGGGUAACAAUUCUUUUAAGAUUCAAAUUUUAUCCUGUGGCUGAUACUGAUUAAAACUAAGUGCAGUGGACAAAGAUUGCUUGUGUAACAUCCAGUUAACUAAAGACUUGUUCUGAUUUAGCCUCUUUCUCUUUGAGCUUUUGGAAAUAUUCUUAUGGAAGUAUAAAUACAAACUGUUAAGGCUUUGAUUGCAUUUGGAUCCAUGAACAGUAUAUGAGAAGCCUGCUACCUUUUCCUGUCAGAUCACUAUGGGGAGGAGAGGGCACCAAUUCCCAACAUAGGAACAGUUGAUAUACAAUAGUUUGGAUACCGUUGGACACCAGUUUGAAUCAAGAUGGUGGACUGAAUCGUUCAAAACUAAACUGAUUUUAACUACUGAUUUGAAAACUGCACUGUUUUUUUGGUUUCUUGGAAUUCCACCAGGUAUAAAGCUGCUAGCAUCUAAUUAAUUAAUUAAUUAAUAGCUGGCAUAUUCUGGUAGGGCUGAAACCCUGGAGAUCUGCUGCUGCUCACUUCUAGACAAUAUUGAGCAAGACAGACCAAUGGUCUAAUUCUGUCUAAGGCAGCUUCCUAUUAUCCAUUACAUUGGAACAAAUCUAAAAUGAUAUAAUUAGAUUAUCUUCUUAAUGUUCCCUUAGAGCAAGAGUAGGAAACAUUUUCUAUGGGAAAAAUCUGUCAGAGACUGCAUCUCAUGAUGGUCACAGCCAGAGCAAAAAGUGGACAGAAUUUACAACACUGUAUAGUUUCUCUCUCUCCCUUUCUCCGCAUGCAAAAUUAGGCUGAUGGUCCUACCACAGCUUUAGAGCCAUGCAGUGUCUAGAAACUUAACUAAGGAGAAUUGCCAGACAGGUUAAAAAAGCCCAAACAUUUGUCCACUGGUAAAUAGUCUAAUGGAAAAGAGUAAUGCACUAAUAUAAUAGUAAUGAAGUAUUAGUGUUGAUAGCCACUUAUACACCGGCACUGAGAAUGGACAGAGUAUUAAGUUUUCAACAAGCACCUGAAGUUUUGUCCACAACAAUCUGCAUUAUACACGCAUUUCUGAUUAUUCAGUAGCCUAGUUGGCAUGUGACACCAAGCCGCAGCUUGUAUUUCCAUUAUUUGGAUAAUAAACCAUGAUUAAACCUCAAGUUAUCAUUGACUAGUGAUGCUGACUCACAGAUGCGGGUUCCCCCUCAAGCUUAUUGGCAAGGAGAGAUGUCCAGAAGAUGGCUAUGUUGUAGUUUCUACUUUACUUGCAGCUCUACAGAUUUUGGAUGAGGCUGGCUUGCAAUACAAUAAUGAGUGUUGAGUUAACGUAAAGCAAGCUUUACAAACUAUGAAUUACCAGCAUGGUUUGUGGCUUAUAAACCAUGGUUAAGCCACUGGACCAUGUUUGGGUGAUCAAGGGAACCAUAAGUAAGCAUUACCUAUGAACUAGACCAGGGGUUCAUGGCAUCGGGAACUGGGUUGGAAUGAUUCCAAAUAUAUUAAGGAUGUAGAUAGGCACUUUAACACACACAUUUACUUAAGAAAUUCAGUACCAUGCUGGACAGUGUAGUUAUGACUUAAUCAAAUUAGCAUGUUUUAUACUAUGUGUGGUUAGUGGUUAGAUAUAAAAGAUGUGUUCCUAUUCACAGGAAGAAAUGUGACACAAUGCAUGAAGAAGUAAAGGAGAAAACCAAGGUUUUUAUUUAAUUAUUUUGUGGGUGGGGGGCAUUUGUUUCAUUUUUAAAAGGCUUGAAGCAGUUGGUAAUUAAGCCUCCCUGGCUAGUGUCAGCUGCUGCCUUUUAGAAGUGGUUUAUUAAUAUGAACAAGAAAAUGUCUUGAAUUGAACAACUAUACAACUUGGGAUAGAAAUGCAAUGGAACUUCCAGCAGCUAUUAUAUCUUUUUGCACUUUGUUUGUUGGGCUCUGUGAUAUAUGAAUUGGAAUGAAAUCCUUAAUCAGUGUUGCCUGUUCAGCAUUAUUGGUCUGCUAAUAUGAAUGACAGAACAGUAAUACUGAGCUCCAUUCAUGAUACAGCAUGUCUGUCUUCAGUAAGCAAUAACUACACUCUGCAACAUUUUUGAUCUCCCUUUACUGAUGAGAGUGGACUUUGCUCCUUCCUAAACACUUAAAAGUUUGGCGCCUCUUCUACAGAGGAAGCCAUUAGCAGCUCUGUCAACAGGCCUUCACAGGAGGAAGCCAAAUUCAGGAAAAGGGCAGCUAGAAAGACCACAAGGAACAUAUUUUGAUAAAUUAUUUUGGUUUGCAUGGGUGCAUCUGCACAGGCCUGAAAAACACAGAAGCUUAUUUUAACUAAUAGAAUAAUAAGCCAUCCCGAUUUCAUCAAAAACAUUUGCAUAGUAGGUCAGUGACCCAUAAGAACUCAAGGAAAAACAAAAAAGGUCAUGUUUAAAUAGACCAGAAGAUUUAAAACCACAAUUCCUAUGCUUCCAGACCAAGGAUUACAGUUGUGAAUGAAGAAAGCACAGCAUAGAACUAAAGCUUCUGGAACUAUUACUUUAGUUGUUUCUGUAUAUUCUUUGCUUAAACAAUUUUGUAGUUCUGUGACAUGUAUGUUAAUGUUUGUACUUCUAAAUGCAUUAGUGGAAUGUUAGGUCCUCUUUAUUUGCAUCCUCUUCUGUCUUGACUAUCACAUAAAAGCACAGGAUGGUAUCCAGCUGGUAUCCUGAAGCAUACUGCCUCCAACAGCAAAGGUAAAACAUAGCCAUGAUGGCUAGUAGCCACAGAUGACCUCAUCUGCAUUAGGAUACUUACAAAGGGCUAUUUGAAAGCCUUGUGGUUUGCUUCGAAAUUUCAGUAACAGAGGGUUUCAAACGAAAGCAUCAUCUGGUGUUACUAUGAUGCCAGGUGAUUGACAGGUGGAUGGCCCUUCCCACUUGCCAACUCUGGCCUGCUAGAAGUGUGGGACAUAAAGAUAUGACCUCUGGCCAGAAAAUGUCCCCCACCCCUGAUUUAAAGCCAUCCAAAUUGGUGGUCAUCAUUCCCUCUUGCGGGAGUUGAUUUCAUCUUUAAACUCUGCAUUGUGUGAAGAAAUACUUUAUUAUUUUAUCUUUCCCGAGUCUUCCAGCAUUCAGCUUAUUUGGAUGUUUCUGAGUUCUAGUGCUUUGAAAGAAGAAGAAGAAAAAUUCUCUAUCCACUUUCACCACACCGUACAUAUGUUUAUACAGUGGUACCUCGGGUUAAGUACUUAAUUUGUUCCGGAGGUCCAUACUUAACUUGAAACUGUUCUUAACCUGAAGCACCACUUUAGCUAAUGGGGCCUCCUGCUGCCGGCGCGCUGCCGGAGCACGAUUUCUGUUCUCAUCCCGAAGCAAAGUUCUUAACCUGAAGCACUAUUUCUGGGUUAGCGGAGUAUGUAACCUGAAGCGUAUGUAACCUGAAGCAUAUGUAACCCGAGGUACCACUGUACACCUCUAUCACUCAUGUUUUCUCAAUACUAGAAAGCUCCAAACAUUGGAAGCUCCAAACAUUGGAACCUUUCCUCAAAGGGGAGUUGCUCCAGUCCCUUGAUCAUCUUGGUUGCCCUGUUCAGAGCCUUUCCUACAUUAUUUUUGAAGUGAGGUGACCAAAAUUGUACACAGUAUUCCAAGUGUGGUCACAGCAUAGAUUUGUAGAGCCACAGUUCUGUUUUCAAUUCCUUCCUAAUGAUCCCUAGGAUGGAAUUCACUUUUUUCACAGUUGCAAUGAAUCGGGUAUCCACUACAAUCCCAAGGCUGUUCCUUAUCAGCCACCACCCAUUUAGAAACCAUAAGCAUAUAUGUGGAAUAUAUUUUUUAUGCCCCAGCAUGCACCACUUGACACCUGUUUACAUUGAAAUUGCAUUUGCCAUUUUACUAUCCAUUCACCAAGUUCAGAGAGGUAAUUUUUGGAGAUCUUUACAAUCCCAUUUUGCUUUAACCGCCCUGUACAAUUUCAUGUUGUCAGCAAACUUGGCUCCCUCUCUGCUCACCCCUAACUCUAGAAUUUGUCUGCAGCACUCUUAAAGAGAGCUUAAUGAGAGUUUAGCUGUGUCACCUUUUCUUAGGUAUAUUUUCAACCCUGUUGUUAACAUAGCAAGGACACACCUUUAGGUGUGAUCGUAGCUGUAUUGCCUGUCAUGGUUGAAUGACAUUUUUUCUUGUUGGGACAGAAAAGAUGUCAAGAAAGGUGGAUGCCUUUAAAAUAGCCUACAGUUUCUCAAUAAAUCUUCAUAGAUGAUUUUGUUUCCUGGCUAGAUGCAAGAGUAAAGUACGUUUGUUAGUUUAUUUAUAUUUAAGAUUUCUUCUCCACCCUUCACUAUAAAGAGUAUCAUUAGACUUUGAUCCUAACUGACAAAUGAUGGGCAAAGUCCAUCAAUAAUGAGCCUAUUCAGCUCUCAUUGACCAAUGGUAUUGUCACUCCUCUCUUCUCAGUAUUAUUUAUGUUCAUCUUUGCUUUGUUUACUCUCAUUCGCUCUCCAGAUAUUAACUAAAAUCUGCAGCAGCUGCUCCUGUUUCACAUGAAAAUUUGAGUUGGCUGUUAUUAUGGCAUGAGAAUGCUGGAAUAGUUUAUCCAAUUACAGUCUUGGCAGCAGUGUGCCACAUUGUCUGUGUCUGUGGGGUUGAAUUGAACAGUGUCCCCUACAGUUAGUGGGUUCCGAGCUAGUUCAGAUGUACAGUAUUGUGCAACCAGGUUUACACUAUGUAAACAAAUUUUUAAGAGCCAUUGGGCUCAACCUCUCUGCUCUGAUAUGCCAUGAUGCUUAUCUCCUUCUGGUUUCUGGCAAACCACAGAAGGACAGAAAGGCACAAGAACUUACUGGUUCUUAAAAGUAUAUUCAUUGUUGAGAAUGAAGCCCCUUGAUAAAUACCUGGAGCCUGACCUUUAGCCUUUGACUGGACAUCAAAGCAGCACCCUCUGCUUUCUGUACUUCAGAUUCCUGCGUCUCCAUCUUCAAGUUCUUCUGACUUCUGGGAAACACAUCAUAGGAACACAGAAAGCUGUCUUAUGCAGAGUCAAAGCAUUGGUCUAUCUAGCAGACUGACAGUACUUCUACAGGAUUCCAGACAAGGGACCUUUUCAGCCUUUCUUGGAAAUGCCAGGGAUCGAAACUGGAAUCUCCUGUAUGCAAAACAGAUGCACUACCACUGAGUUAUAGGCCUUACUUGAGACCAUAUAUGCCAUUCAUUGUGUUUUCUAGUAAAGUUGAAAACGUUUAUUUCAUUAGUCAUACAUGACUCUGUCUGUCUCUCUGUCUCUGGGUAAUAUAUAUAUAUAUAUAUAUAUAUAUAUAUAUAUAUAUACACACAUACAAUUUGUGUAAAGAAAAUGGAAAGUUUUAUAAAAUUUAACAACCCAGCUAAUAAAACACUUGGAAGAUAUAAAAGAAUCACAGGGUAUAAUUAACAGGUUGGCCAUUUUUAUUAUUGUUUUAAGUGAUCAUCUGUCCUACAGUUGAAAGUAAAAACAGAUUUGUGAGGUACACCUAAAAAUCUAUUUUGCUUGAGGGAGAGAUCUAAAUGAGGGUGAGGAUGUUAGGAUUCUUGCUCUGUGUUUGCAGUCAUGGGAUUGUUUUCUAUCACAUGGUGGUGUAUGUUUUCAUUCCACAUAGUGGGAAGGGAUAGAGACAGAAUUUUUUUUACUGUGUUCUGUGAUGUGGGACUAUUGUCUCCCCCCCCUUUGCUGUCUGAUGAGAAAGAGGAAGGAGCUAAUUCAGAAUGCUUUUAGUGUAUUAUAUGUAAAUAAAGUAGAUUAGCCAAAAUGCUGAGCUACUGAGUUUGUUACGUGAACCACUAAUACUCUGCAGGUUCCGUAAGCGUGCUGAUGCCUUUUGGUCAGUGGCGUAGCGUGGGGGUGCAGGGGGGGCCGGCUGCACCGGGCGCAACAUCUGGGGGGGGCGCUCGUACUCGCAGCUCUCUGCCCCUACCUGGCUCACUCACUCUCUCUCACUGCAGUGCUGGCUGUGCGAAUCCGAUCCGAGCCGCUGGGUCGCCGCCCACUGUGGAGGGGGUGGGUGCCAGGCGUGCGGUGCGGAGAGAGAGCGAGGGACUAUCUGAGGGAGGGACAGUGCAGCGGCUGCCCAGUGCAGCGCUGAGCGCGGGAGAGAACCACACCAGACCAGACCAGGCAGCAGCAAGAAGAAGCUGGCAGCGGCGGCAGGUUAGGGGUUAGAGGGCGCAAAUUACUUGCCUUGCCCCGGGUUAGGGGGCGCAAAUUACUUGCCUUGCCCCGGGUGCUGACAACCCACGCUACGCCGCUGCUUUUGGUAUCAGUCGCUGUGAUGUUUGGGCUGGAGAAAGCUUUUGAAGCUCCCGAAUGACCGACCAGGAGGGAGAGAACAUGCCAGUCGGGCAUGUGUCUCUGCCAGGGUCCUACACACGAGUAGGACGAUCCUAACAGAGGACAUAUACAGUACUAAGAAAUUGCAUAAUUCGCUUUCUAAGUGGUUUCUGUUUUAGAAGCAAAUAAGAGUUGUCAAUUAUAACUGCUAAAAUACCUUUACAAAUAGAGUUAAUUGGCCAAAUGAUCAAAGCAAUCAAGUUCUGAACAAAACAUUAGGUACGUUUUUGUUAAUGGAUUUCCAACAUAAGGGGUUAGUUAUUUGAAUAUAUUUGUGUUAUUCAUAUUGUGGUUUUUCUGUUUAUAUAAUGUCUGAUAUACUUGGCAUUUAAAACUUGAUUCUUCAUGUAGUUGAAAGGAAGAUAAGUCUCAGACUCUAGCUCUUCCAUCGAACUAUUUGGUUCAAACCAGCUAUGAAGUAGCUAGUGCUGAACAGAUUAAAACUUGCCACUGUGUGUUAACAAGCCGUCAGAUUUGCAAGCAUAUAAAAUAAAACUGUAUUUUAAAAAAUCUAGUAUGGGGACAGAUUUGGGUAGUCACAAGGACCAUGAUGAAAAUAGUAGGGGAAUGCUAAAGAUAAUUCCAAAGCAAAUCGGCAAGGAAUAUCAGAGUAGAGCUCCUGUGCUUCUGUACUCUGAUAGAACUCCACUGAGGUCAAAGAAGAAGUGAAGUUAAAUGCAUUAAUAGAAUUAAUGUGCAUGCUUUUUUGUUGUUUAAAUAGAGGCUGCUGGGAAGUAACUCUAAUUAUGUGAGCUUCACUUGAAAUGUAAAUAGCUUUGGAGAGGCAACUUAUUAUCGGUCCCCACUCUCCAUGGUCCUGAGAUAGCACAGGCUUCCCAGCAGCUACUAUUUACAGAACCAAAAAAAUGUAUGUUAAUUGCAUUCACAUAAUUAAUGUCACGUCCAGCUUGACCUUAAUGCCAUGUCUGGUUUGGGAUUGCAUAAGGGAAACAGAAAAUGUUGCUAAAAUGUUCUAGCUCUCCAGUUUAAUUUAAUUUAUGUAGUAGAGUGAUCUUGGGGCAGACCACCACAACAUAACAGUAAAAUACAAUCAACACCUGUUACUGAGAGAUCAAUUUGUCAUGAACACCCAAUAUAUUCAGAAACCCUAUUUAAAAGCCUGGAGGAAGAGAACUUGUCUUCUGGUAGUGCCAGGAAAUAGACAGAGGAGGAGCCAUCAUGAGGAGGGAGGGUGUUCCACAACUGGGGUGCCAUUACUGGAAUAUUCUCUGGCACAUCAUAGAUCUCCUAACCUCAGUUAGUGUUGGCACUGUAAGAAGGAAGUGCUAGCCCAGGCAUAGGCAAAUUUGGCCCUCCAGAUGUUUUGGGACUACAACUCCCAUCAUCCCUAGCUAACAGGACCAGUGGUCAGGGAUGAUGGGCAUUGUAAUCUCAAAACAUCUGGAGGGCCAAGUUUGCCUAUGGCCGUCCUAGCCCACCACCAAAGUCCAAACAAGGCUUUAUGGGUAUCUUGAUUAUUAGUAUCAUGAUUGAUACCUACCUCUGCUUUUGGUAGAUUUUGGUUGAGUGCAUGAGAAACUAUGGAUAUGGGCCUCUGGCUGUCAGGCUCAGUUCAGUGUUGAGGCCUGCAUCCAGAACCCUCACAGCUUACACCACUGGUCCUCCUGACCUGGCUGGUCAGACCCUUUCUGUUUCUGAGUCGUGGCAAGUGCUUUUAUAUUGGUUCAUGGUAGUUAUUGAGAAUAUAUCAUAUUUAAAUAUAUGUAAACCAUAUGAAGAUAGUAGUGACACAAUGUUUUGAUAAUGCUUAUUGGAUAUGACACAAGUUAUCACUUGACCUGGACUUUCAGAAUUAAAGGUUUCUUCAGAAGCAGAUUAAAUGUCAGAAACAGAUUCUAGGGAGGAAGAAAAUUUAAGUAUAUAUUUUAAGUAUUGUUUUCACAAUUCACUCAGGCCAUGUAUAAGACAAUAUAAUCCUUUCUUGUGUAUAUAGAGAGAAAGAUGUCCCAAGGAAAAGGAAGGCAGUAUCUUAUUACGACCUGUAGUCUACUUUGGGAAGAGGAAGAAAGGGUCAGGUGGAUCAGGAAUUCACCCAUGGUCCCUUAACCAUGCAGGACUCUGUCUUGUAGUGGCCAGCCAAUGUGAUCGGCUCCUUUCUACUUCACCUGAGCCUUGUUUCCAUAUUCAAACACUUCCUCUCCUCUUAUAGAAUGGGAGCUGGGGUCACAACUGUUUUUAUUCAGGUAGGUAGCCGUGUUGGUCUGAUGCAGUUGAAAUAAAAAAAAAAUUGUCCAGUAGACCAACUAAGGUGCUACUGGACAAUUUUUUUAUUUAUUUCAACUGUUUUUUAUGUUUUCCUUCAGUGCCUAUGUUCAAUAAACCAUGUGUUAAAUUCAGAGUAGCACUAAACAGAUUGCAUUCAUUGCUUUUCCUUUCAGAACUUAGUGAAAUAAAAAUUUUCCUUGUUCAGAAAACUUUAUUGAAAAUGUUGUCUAUAAACAUAUUUUGCAUAAAGAAUUCAAAUAUAAACAGAUGUAGUCCAGUAUAUUUUUAUUUUGCUCACAUUAAUAGUACAGUGGUACCUCUGGAUACGAACGGGAUCCUUUCCGGAGCCCUGUUCGCAUCCUGAAGCAAACGCAACCCACAUCCAUGGGUCGUGAUUGGCCACUUCCGCGCAUGCGUGUGACAUCAUUUUGACCGUCUGCGCGAGCGGCGAAACCCGGAAGGAACACGUUCCGUUACUUCCAAGUUGCCGCAGAGCGCAACCUAAAAGCACUCAACCUGAAGCAACUUCAGCCCGAGGUAUGACUGUAAUCUAGUACUUUUUCUAAGCAAUAGCUAGCAAUUUAUACAACAUAAUAUACAAAAUAACUAGCUAAUGUACCAAAUGGUUGGAGUUGGAUGGUUCAUUUUACACACUAAUUAUGUUAUUAGCUAAAUUCACACAUUAACUGUAACAUAUAUAGAAAAAAAUGCAGCUGUCUCAAAUAAACUUGAUUAGCUCAUAUAACUUGAGCAAAACUAAACAAUGACAAAGUUACACCCAAAUGUUCCCAAUAAUAAGUCUCAGCUUUACGUCUAAAGAAAGCAUUGCUGGCCCAGCUGCUAAAUUCCACAUCUCUUUUGAAAAGCUGGUGGAUUAGAAGCUAAGGAACACAAAAUAUUAUAACAUUUUUUUGUUGCUGUUAACGAUACUAACACAAACAUGGGCUGUCCUUCCUCAAUCACACUCCCAGUUUGUUUACUGAUACUGUAUAUUAAUGUAUUUUGUUUUCUUCUGUUAGAUCCUAACAGAAGAUUAAGGUUGUGAUGUACUUAACUUAGAUGAAGUGCCUAGGAUAGUAUAUAGAAUUUAUAUCUGUGGAAUCUUGUUAUCGGGGAGAGAACAGUGAUGAGGUGAUGCUGGUUCCUAGAGCCUCGACUUCCUUAAGGUCCUAUGUGUAAAGAGAGAAUAACUGUGGCUUUAGUCCUGCUGCAUCUGUGGGUUUCAGCAAUUAUCUAAGGGCUUAGUAUGAGUGAUUUUCAUAAAUCUCAAAUCAGUCAUAAAAGUGUAACUGGUAUGUUUAAAGAAGCUCUUGGAGUUUGUACAAUAUUGCUCACUUCUUCUGCAUAGGGUUUUUAAAUGAACCAUAACAUAGGAAAUUAAAGGCUGAAAAAGAAAUAGUUCGGUAAUAUAACAAAGGAGCAAGAAUAUAAAUGGUAUACCUAUUUCAGAACCUAGAUGCUUAGUGGAAAGAGAAGUGUCUUUUUAUACACUAUGUGCUAUUCUGCCUGCAACUGAAUAAAUCCAAACUUGAGCAUCGUAGCAUGCUCUGAUGUAACUCCUUGGAAAUGGAACAAAAAGGAAAGAAGUGUUUGGAGUAAUGGAACAGCACAAUGUAAUUGUAGGUGAAAACUAUAUUGCAGAUGUGAAUACAGUCAUAGAUACGAACAAUGCUGGAAUUGGAUCCUUCAAGAUCUCCAAUACAUCUUGCACGGCAUAAAUGAGGGCAUCUUUAAAGUUUCAAAAAAGCAGGGUUUCCAUACUUAGAAACCAGUUAUAAUUAGCAGUGUGUGAUCCUGGGUUUGCUUCAAAAGCCAUGUGGGUUUUCAAAUUUUCCUGUUGAAUACACAAAAAACCUGGAGUUUUCAGUUCAACAGGAUCCCUCUCUUUGCCCUGUGCCCUCUGUCAUAUUUUCUUGGGAUAGGAGUGUGUCAACAGGCAGAAAAAGGCUUCUUAGACACAAGAGUUAAAAUUUGAAAAGAAAGCUUGGGUUCAAGGUUUACUGCAAUUGUCCCCCCAAAGAUCAGACUCUUAAAAAAAAAAACCCUGAAAGAUUCUGUGUGUAGAGUACCAUUUGUAACUUUUAUUGUUCAUAACAUUUGCUGUCCUGUAAGAGUCUCCAAAUAAGCUUUGUUAACUUUGGUCAUUCUUUAUUUAGGCGGCUGAACAGAAAUAAACUACAAGUUCUUCCAGAGCUGCUUUUUCAGAACACGCUGAAACUGACCAGACUGUAAGUAUAGUUUUUAUUUUUGGCAUAGUAUAAGUGCUUUGUUUGGUUCUUUAGUCAGCAAUUUUGGCUGUGAGGUUUUGGUAUGAUGCCUUCUUGAAGUGGAUUUUGAGAUGUGUCUUGGUUUAUUGUACAAACUCUUUGCUGAAAAACAUAUUUGAGUUACAAAUUUGAGAAACAUUUCCUUCUCCUUUUACUGGUGCUGUAGAUUUAUUUAGAAAUUGAAGGUUGCUGAUGUUACAACUCCUUUUCAACAUAUUUUAUACAGGAGGAGUCUGAGAAGUUGGUAACCACAAAGAGAGUGGUUUUGGUAUAUUCACGCUGUGAUUACAGCUGUGCUGUAAUCACUUACGUUUCUUGAUGGAAGUAUCUCUCAUGUCUCUGUGAUGAUGGUCACUUGUCACGUGUCUUGAAAUAUUUGCAAGAUAUGGGAUAACUUGAUUUUAAGUGAGAAUGGUCAAGCCAUUGAAUUUGCAGCCUUGAAAUGGGAAAAGCAGUGAGGGGCUGGGAAGGAGUGGCGGAUUCUUUACCACAUGGAAAGCCCUGCUGGCUGCUGCAGGCCAGAGGAAAUGGGAUGGGGAAGGGACGGAACGGGACGGAACGGGAUAGGACAGGAUGGGAUGCACAAAUUGUUUUCUUCUACUGGAGCUAGGCCAGCUCCAGACAGGGGGAAGUCCCCCAGGAAAUCCAUGGGGUUUUCCAAAGCAACCAGGAUCCUACCUCUCAGCCUGCCCAGAAACACAUUUUUUCAGGGUAUUUUCGCAGGCUACAACUGGUGGUAGCUUACUGUCCGCUUGAGUGGAGCAGAAGUCUCUCCUGUGGCAGAACAGUCCCACUCCCCACAGCACCCUGGUCAGCAGUGAUAUACUCUUCUGACAGCGGCUAGUGGAGAGGUGAUUGUGCACUAUCCUCCCCAGUCAUUAGCACUAGGUAUGGGGUGGUUAGGAUAGAUGUGUUGGAACAUUUUCUGCCCUCUGCAUUCUGAAAGACUUUACUCUGAUAGCUCACAUACAAAAAGGUUUUUUCUAGGUUUAUGAAAAGGUAUGUUUGCAAAAGAAUCUCAUUCACUAUAAAAGCUUAAAUUAAAAAUGCUGUUGAUAAUCUGGCAGUCACAGCAUAUGCAUGGCUCUCAGAAUAUUAAUAGACCUAGCAAUCAGCCAGCAUUCAGCAUUCACCUUUUUCCUGUCCUCUGUGCCAGUCAAUAAGUUGAUCUUUUGUUUCUAGCCAAAGUUAACAAUAGCAAAGAUGAUAAAGGUUGUUUGAAAAAUGCCAGGUAUUUCCUACAAGAAGAUAACUUCAUUUUCACACAAAAAUGUGAAGUUAAGCUUUGCAAAUAUUUUUACUGUACAAGAAUGAAGCACUAAAAGGUAACAACUCUCUUGUCUACUGAGACAAAGUUUCCCUGGAUUUUAGUGUCAACUCCUUCGAACAUGGGCUUUUCAUUACUUAUACUUCCAGUAGCUAUUUAAUUAAGAACUUCAACUUUUCACAUGAAGCUGAAUGCAAAUAUGUUGUGCCUUGGUAUUUUGUCCAGCAACUUACAUAACUAUGAGGAAGGUAUGCAUCCUCUGAAGGUAUAAAUGAAACAAAUAAACCACUUGGACAGCUCUGUAAAAGCCAAAGUUAUAAGGAGGCAAUCAAAUUAUAGUAUCUUUCAAUACAGAAUAUGUCUGCAACAUCUAUAAUUAUUUCUAUGGUCCUUUGUAACAUCUGUUUGAUAUUACUGGUAGGAAUAUACAGGAGAAUCAACCUUAAAAUGGAAUGCAAAGCAUCUUGUUAAAGGAGUUUGAUGCAUGCCUUAUUCUAUCCUUUCUUGCCAGAGGAGGAGUCUGGAGUUAUACAUUGCAUGUUUGCUUUUUCUUCCAAGGUCAUUUUAUUAAAGUUUUAUGAUACUUUACUUAUACUUUCCUGCCCCCAAUAUAAAAGGCAAAGCAUUUUUAAAAGGUCAGGAAGAAGAGGGAGAGGGGAGGGAGAUAGAAAUGUCUGAAUUGAGGUACUUGCAACUGAAUCACUUCUGUUUCUAUCUAUACCACUUCUAGAAAAUGAUUCUUGAAAUAGACAUUCAGAUCGCUGAAUCCACAUAUAAGUAAUAAAGAAGUUAGUGGGCUAGACAGUGUCCAUUGUUUAGUUAUGUGAUCAAAACAAAGUUAACAUUUAUGAUUUCCAUCUAACAAUGGAUAUCAAGUUUCAUUGAUAUUUGAAAAACCAAAACUUGUACCUUGAACAGUUGAGCCCUGCCAACCAUACAACUUGCAGGAAGGCUAGUAAGCUUUUCUCCUUGCACAUACUUCUUCCUUGGAUAAUGCUCAAAUUGUUUUUCUGGUUUUUUGGUGGUGAUGGUGAGCCAUCAACAAGCAUCAGUUUGAACUUAACAGUUCCUUCUGUAUGACUGCAUCAAGUAUUAAUUACUAUACAGUGGUGCCCCGCAAGACGAAUGCCUCGCAAGACGAAAAACUCGCUAGAUGAAAGGGUUUUUCGUUUUUUGAGCUGCUUCGCAAGACGAUUUUCCCUAUGGGCUUGCUUUGCAAGACAGAAACGUCUUGCAAGUUUGUUUCCUUUUUCUUAACACCGUUAAUACAGUUGCGACUUGACUUCGAGGAGCAACUCAUAGAACGCGGUGUGGUAGCCUUUUUUGAGGGUUUUUUGAGUCUCAGUAUUGUCCUUGUAGAACUCAGCAGGCAGGAGGGUAGAACAAAACUAGAAUUAGUUGGAUCUUUCUGUCCUUUGCUCUGGCUCCACAUACUAUUUUUCCCUCUGUCUUCCACCUUACUAGUCCCAGUGAACACCAGCCCCCACUCUUCUGUUGUAAGGAUUUUUUUGAAUUAAUUGAGAAGUGCCAGAGGUACUUUCUUUUAUGUGUAUGCACAGUUAUACAAACAAAAAACAAGAGUGUUAUAUCUAUCAUUGGUGUGGUGCUUCUUUUUGCUCCCAUGUGGUUCAUCUAACUGCUUUUUAAUUGUGUCUAGUUUGACAUAUUCCUGUUGUUAUUGUUGGGUUUUGAUAACAGUUCACUAUGAUAGCUCACUGAUUAUUGUGCAAGACAUUUCCCAUAGGUUUAAGAAUAAUUUGGUAGAAUGUAGUUGAAGAUGGAUUAGAUUGUAGUUGUGAGAUGGGGAAACAAAAGUGAAGUCAAACUUAAGCUGGCGAAGGUGACAGUUUAGGGCAAUAUUUACUACACCUUCAAUUCUGUUUCAACCUUACGUCUUAAAGUAGGUAGCAAUUACUUUAAAACAAACAAAAAAACCCAAUAAAACUAGCAAGAUAAAAUUGGAAAAUUAUGUUAAAACUGAUUAAAAAUUACCCCGUAAACCUUCCUUUUAGAAAGCUAGCUCCAAACAAGCCCAAGACCUUCAAACCCAACAAGAGCUAGAAGAGGAAUAAAUAGACUAUGCAGAAAAACAGGAGGUCCUUCCUUUAAAUUAGUGGUGAGCUGAAACAAUUAAUUUAGUUUUGCUCUUCUUAUUUUUUUAAAGAGCAUUUCUAAUUUCAAACAUGCAUUUCCAAUCAACUGCCCCCUUGAAAUGAUGUCUAUUAAACAUUGUCCUGGUUAUUAGAAGGAAGUGCACAAAAGCCUGUCAAGACUAUUAUUUGUAAAGGCCCCAGAGAAGUGUAGGAAAGAUCUAGCUUCUAGCACCUUGGGAACAAGAAGCUUGUCUCUCCCAUAACUUGUCUCUGGAAAGCUCCUUGGCUCAAAUGAUGCACAGCUUGCACAGAGGCAUUUUUACAUACCCUGCUAUAUCUCUCCCCUUUGUAUCUACUUUUAACAUUACAAUAAAGCAAAAAAGAAAUUUCUUCUGAAGCCUAGUUGUGUACUUGUUGUGAACGUGGUGGGACAGGGCUGUUCCUAAUAUCUGUGCCCUAACAGCUUAGGACUAAAUAUAUAAAAACAGCACCUUGAAGUGUGCCUUGACAUUACUUGGGAUCUGAUACAGACGAGAGCCUUUUUCGCACUGUGCAGUUAUUUAGAGAGAGAAAGCUAACCUUGUGAGACAAGUGCCUUGUGAGAAUGUGCCCUUAAAUUAAAGGUCCCCUCUCAUGUGAGAGCAGGCGCAAGUGGCUCACCUUGUAAACGAGCUCAAAUGAUUAAGCACUGCCAGGGCAAAAUGAACAUGACCAUAUUAAGCAGAGGUUGCUAUGGUUUUGGCUCAUUCAGGAAUUGCGGCUUUACUGUGUACAGAUCCCAGCAGGUCUGCUCAGAAGAUGGUAAAUAAUUACAAGGAACACCAGUUCUCCUGGGGGCACUUCAGGUUUGAAAGGAUGUUCACUAGGUCAGAGGUGAGAACUACAGACUGCUGAGAGGCUCUUGUACCAUUUAUCACGCUGGAGCUAUUUUUAUUGCUUGCAUUGCGUGCUGACUCUAAAUGGCAUAAUUUGAACAAAAUCAUGUCUGGAAAAGUGACUCUGGUUGCAAAUCCUUAUGGCACCUUUCGGUUCAGUCUACUCCAAGUGAGGCAGAGGGCUCUGUUUAUUUUCUUGAAGUAUGAAAGGAACGUUAACAAAUUAUCUGAAAUGAGUAGGAAACAAAUGAGGGGAUGUCAGAAAGUGAAUAAUCGAGGUUCCAUCCUGGAUUUCCAGUCUCCCCUGUGUGAAGUUAGCUACUCAAAACUAAUAUGUGCAGAUGUUUCCCUUUUUUUCUAAUGUGGCAAAAUGGAAAGAGAAGCAACAGUGAAUGUAAAGGGAUAAUCAUGAGUUUCAAAUAGACUGGUUGAUUUUGUUUUGUGUGUUUUUUUUUAAAAAAACCAACAACACACCACUGAUAACUAGCAAAGAUUUUGUUGUAUAGGAAAUGUCUUCACAACGUUCAGAAAGAGAACUCUUAAUUCUCUUAACAGAACAGAACAAAAAAUAUUUUUUCUCUUUUUGUCUUCUUCUUCUGCCCAAUUAGUGGUUAGAAUUUUCUUCUGAAAAUCAUAGACUUAAUGUAGAUACCAGAUUGUGCAGUAACUGAAAGCAAGUGUAAGCUGUUCAUAGACUGUAGCACUGGUACAAGGAUACUUGGGUUUAAAUCUCCACACAGACGAAUUCAUAGACUUGUGUAGCAUCAAACACAGGUUUUCCAGUGAACAUACACAUGUCCAUGCACACCAGCCAAUCCUGUAACAGGUGUUUUCAAACAUCUAUUUGUAUGAAUACCAUUCAUUUUUCCAUGUGCAUUUAAACCAAAAAUUAAGUGUGCACUUGUGCAUUUGUAAUGUGCUCUUCUGUCCUUGGUAGCUAGUCAAAAUAUGUGUUUGCUAUUGACCUAGCCCUUGCUUCUAGGGGCAAGGUAAUUCUUUUU